AGGCGCUGCCGCGACGAGGAGGCAACGGCGGCGGCGGAAAGUUUGGCGAGGCGUCUGGAGUUGGCUGUGCAGCGGCGGAGCCUCGCCCGCGGGUCUAGCGGGGGCAGGCGGCCAUGAAAGGGAGCCUCCGGCCCAGCACCCCCAAAACGGGACACGCUCCGAGCGCGCCCGGCCGCCCCGUCGGAAAGCGCGCCGCGCCGACGCGCGCCAAGGGAGCUCCGGCCAUGGGCGCCGCGCUGCCGCCGCUGCUCCUGCGCUGCUGCUGCCUGGUCGCCUUCUUCUCCCCCUCCUCGGCGCUGGCCGAAGGGUGCCCGGCGCUGCCGUGCCGCUGCCGGGGGGAACUACUGGACUGCAGCCGCCUGAAGCUGAGCCGAGUGCCCGAGCCUCUCCCGGACUGGGUCAUGCAGCUGUGAGUAGCGAGAGCGGGCGAGCGGGCUUCGCUCCUGCCGGGCUUGGGGGCGCUAGGGGGCGCUCCGGGCUCCCCGCGUCCCAGGAGCGAAUGGCUUUGAUUUAUUCUUUCGCGUGCUCUUAUUCCUGUUCUCAUUUGAUUUCUGCACCGCUUAAUAAGUUUAAAAUAGGCUGGAGUGUGGAAGGGACGAACCUUUUGCAGAGUCCCAGCUAGUUCGGUGUUGUCUGCGCGGGCUGACAGCGGCUCGCCAAGAUUUUGGGCCUCUUGGACAACCCAGGACUUAGACUUGAGCGGUGCUUUUUCACUUUAUUAGGCCUGUAUAGUUUUAUCUCGAAGCAUCUCGAUUCAUAUAUUCCUGUCUUCUCUGUCUGCCAAUAAAGCUUGGUUGUUUGAACCCAGGACCUUGUGUGGUGGGCAAGGCAGAUGCUACCACCACAUAGGGGCAGUGGCAAGUUUUGAGUGGCCCUUCUUGUGUUCCCCAUCCUCUUAGCAGGCUGAUUCCUAGAGGUUAGCGGCUUCCACACACUGUCUGUGCUUUGCCACUAGGGGAGGGGGGAAAGAUGAACCCACCCAAAUGGCAGGGCGUCCAAGCGAAGUUCCUGGCUCCACCGUGGGUGAGCUAUCAGGUGACAGGGAUGGCUUCAAAGCAGAGGUGGAAAACCAGUGCUUCAACCCCGACCAUAGACCACGCUGGCUGGAGCCAAUAGGAGUUGGGAGUCCCGCCAACAUAAUGGAGAGCCACCUCUCCAUUGGAGGAAUCCCACCCCCUCAACACAACCCCCUCGCUUUGUUUCUCUCUGGGACGUGGAACUGGGACUGUUGCACUCAAUCUCAGCCUGUUGCAUUGCCCAGAGGCCAGCUAGAAAGCGAGCAGGUGAGAGAUAAGGCAGAGGCCUCUCUCUCAUGCAACAGGGAGGUAUGGGUGGAAUCUGCUGAGCCUUCCUAGAGGGAGUGCCUCCAAGCUGCUGCACUACACGUGGGGAGCUCAUAGGUGAGCAAAACAGAUACCACUGCUUCUCUUGGGCCAGCAUGUGGAGUUGGGCCCUGGUGGGGGCAACUCCAACCCACUGUAAGAACUUCAGAGCCAAGGCCUAUGUAUUCCAGCAUCCUGUUCCCUUCGGUAGUCAAUCAAAUCCCUCUGGGAGACGCUUCAGCAUGGCAGGAAAGCAAUAGCUCUCUUCUGUUGCUGCUGCCGCCUCUAUUUCUGGAGGUAGCUCACGGUUGCCGUAACUAGUAAUUUGCUGGUUGUCUUCACAAAGUUGCCUAAUGCUCCUUUGAAGGUUGUGGUCCUGAGGGGAGGGCUUGGAUGGGUGAAGGAGCAGCCAGGGUGGCAUUGAACAGGCUGCCCCCCCUCGCCUAGGUGCUCCAUCUGGAAGCAGGGCUGGGUUCUCUUCCCACUGCUGUGCAGAGGGAAAGGUUAUGUGUGGGGUGAGGGAGAGAGAGGGGGAAAGUGGCUGCCCCUAGCACCUCCCACUUGCUUUGGUUUCUGCCUCCCGUGAGGAGGAGGAGGAGGUGAAGAGGAACGAUUGCUUCAAAGAGGGUGGAACCUCAUCUUCUUGAGAGGGGUCCAAACCUCUCAUGUUGGCAGGUGCCGGGGCCUUGAGAUGCUGGAGCCGUUUAAGGGUACCAGCUCCAGAUGUCAGUCUUGACUGGCACAAGUAACCAACUUGAAACUUCUGAGUGGGGGGUGGGGUCUGAGGCAGCGGGAUGUGUAAAUGUGGUUAGUUGUGUGUCUGUAGGGCAAAGUGGAUUUCUUCCCUCUAGAAUGGACAUCAUAUAGGAGUGUAGUGGGCAGGGUUAAUAUCCUAGGCCUAUUGUGUCUGAAACUCCCAUUGUUCUAGGCGCAUUUUGCGACAGGGAAUUUCUUCAGUGUGAGCAGUUUCUGAGCUCUGGGCGCAGUAUUGCGCCUAAGAUUUCAGAUUAAAACUGUGAAGUGGGAGGAAAGGAGGACCUUUUUCUGCCUCCCCGCUUCCAGCUACUCCCUGAAGACUGGAGAAGAGACCCUCUUAAGAAUAUUAUGUGGGUGGGUAGGGGAAGGCUGUGAAAAAUGAACAUAAUAUUUUAGCUGCAGUUCACUCAUUUUCAGCUUUGUAUUCCUGUUAUAAAAAAGUGUGCCUAGACAUUCUGUUUUUGCACCCAUAACCUAGGUUUAAGGUGCCAUGUAGCUCCUAGCUUUCAAAUUUCAGUUUCUAACACUGAUCUGUACCUUUCCUUGGAAAAAUGAUGCAAUUUUGUUCCCCCUUCCAUUUCCUCAAUGCCGUUAUCCUAUAAUGACACAUUAAAAAGUCAAAGAAAUGGGUGGCACUUUCAUGUGGAAAUUUGCAUUAUUAUAUCAUGUACAUAUAACUUAAUGUAUGAUGAGCCUAAUGCAUAAUGAAAAUUGCUAUGUUCACUAGGAAGCAUCCAAACAGAGUUUCUUUUUACACAAGGAGGAUGCUGAUCUACAGUUUGUAACAUCUUUAGUUCAUGUGCAGAAACCAUUGCCCUGGGAGUCUCUGUUAUUUGGAGAAAGAUGCAGAAAUAUGGCUUGGAAACAAUACAGGAUUCCAUAGAGAAUUAAAAGCAAUAAAAAUAUGUACAGUGGUACCUCGCAAGACGAAUGCCUCGCAAGACAAAAAACUCGCUAGACGAAAGGGUUUUUUGUUUUUUGAGGUGCUUCGCAAGACGAUUUUCCCUAUGGGCUUGCUUCACAAGACGGAAACGUCUUGCAAGUUUGUUUCCUUUUUCUUAACACCAUUAAUACAGUUGCGACUUGACUUCGAGGAGCAACUCAUAGAACGCGGUGUGGUAGCCUUUUUUGAGGUUUUUGAAGACUUUGGCGAUUUUUGAAGCUUUUCCAAAACUUUCCCGACACCGUGCUUCGCAAGACGAAAAAAAUCGCAAGACGGCAAAACUCACGGAACGAAUUAAUUUCGUCUUGCGAGGCACCACUGUAUUAAAAUGCCAUUGAGUUAAUAGGCACAUUAAAUGUAUUUUAAAUAUGUUGCUUUAAAACAAGGGUUUCUGGUAUCCUACAUUCCAACUCCACUUGUUUUUUCUCCAAAUGUUGGCUAUAUAAAAAAACGAGGAUUUUUGAGAACUGCUCUGGCUGAUACUUGUUUAAGCAAACAUGGGACCCAGUAUGGUCCCUGAGCAACAUUCCUCCAAGCUGAGAGCAGUUUUAGAAAAGUUGUGGUCUCUUGUGCUUUUGUUCACGUGAUGAUUUAUUGACACAGUAAAGUAGUUGUAACUUGACAAGCAUUCAUUCAUUGUGCUGUGGGUUUCAGUCUCUUAUGCUAAGUUACUGAUUCCACUGGUUGUUAAAUUAACUCAUCAACACAAGCAUGAGAGCUGGACAUGAUUGAGCUGGUAUUUUAGUAUCUAGUAUCCACACUGAUUCCUCCACAAAGACUUGGAAAUUUUCUAAAAUCAGAAAGUAGGUGAAAAACUUUGGAAUAGUGUGAUUGAGCUUAACCUCUUGUCAUUUCAAUCACAUCUCAAUUGGUUUAUUAAUUUUCUGUUGCACUUCUGAAGCAAGUGCAGAUAAGAACUUUAAAGUAAACAGGAAGUCUUUGAAUUAGUUCUGGCUAAUUCUGUUCAAUUGCCUCCUCUGGAGGUCUUCCUUACUGAGAAAAAGUGACUGUUGUAUUCAUAACACCUGGGUUUGACUCUGUGGAACAUUUACAGAACAGUCCCUACUCAAAAGUAAGCUCCGUUGAGUUUAAUGGCAUUUACUCCCAGGUAAGUUGGAAACCACAGAGCCUAGGGGUUGCCAAUCAGAAGGUUGGUGGUUCGAAUCCCCACAAUCGGGUGAGCUCCCGUUGUUCGAUCCCAGCUCCUGCCCACCUAGCAGUUCGAAAGCACGUCAAAGUGCAAGUAGAUAAAUAGGUACCGCUCUGGCGGGAAGGUAAACGGUGUUUCCGUGCGCUGCUCUGGUUCUCCAGAAGUGGCAUAGUCAUGCUGGCUACAUGACCCGGAAGCUGUCUGCGGACAAACACCGGCACCCUCGGGCUAUAGGGCGAGAUGAGCACCACAAUCCCAGAGUCGUCCACGACUGGACCUAGUGGUCAGGGGUACCUUUACCUUUAAGUUGUGCAUAUGAUCGGAGCCACAAAUAGUUGAAGAAUCUAAAGGCCAAGCUAUUAUUUGACAAGAAACGUUUGUCACAAUUUUUAUUUGUAGAUUUGAUUUUAAACAAAAAAAAUCUCAUAAACUUUCCAACAAAAGUUUAUCAAAUAUGAUGGUAGUUUUCCUGGUUAAAGGUGCAAUAGUAACAAUCUAACAAACAAGUGGUAGGAAAUCCUAGCAUGUAAUUUAUAGAAAAAAUGCUAAUUAGGAAUUAAAACUGAUUUUAAAGGGUUGUUUUCUAAGAUGGAUAUUGGGUCAACAGAAAUAAUAGCAAGAUAUCUCUGUGACAGUUAAUUUAGUGGCCACUAAAACAAACAGAUCUUUUGUUGUUUCAGUUAGCACAGUGGAAGCUUUCUAAUUGGAUUUCCCCUGGAGACGUAAAUUGUCCAUAUGUACAUUCGCAUUCCUUUAAAAGAAGUGUGAAAAAUGGGCUCCACUUGUAUAAAUAAGCACUUGGCCUUUUGUAAGGAACCCUGCUGUGAUCACUCAUUGGGCAGCUGUGUCACUUGUUCUUAAACUCACAGGGUUACCAUCUUUGUAGGUGUCACCAGACCAUGUGGUCUGCUAGGUUUUGUGCAAAUGUUUCUUUUGUUUGAGUUAAAUGCUUUUAGAAGUUCCUGUUCAUUACUUGCUUUUCCACCCCCCUUAAAAAGCGUGCAGGCAGACAUGUGGCCUUCUUCUCCUGCCUCCUGUUGUUCUUAUGCAGCAGAACCGAGACUGCUAAAGAACUCUAGGCAGUUAAGGGGCAAUAAGGAAACAAAAUAGUUUGUUGUUAUUAGCAUAGAUCACUGUUGUCCCAGAUAGUUUUGUCUGUGAAUAAUAUGAGUCUGCAAGCAUGUUUGCCGAAAUAUUCGUGAUGGGAGUUCAUGUUGAUUAUAUAACCAAAACUACUUGCUUCAAAAAUCUUAAAUCUCUGGCACCUCACCAAUAUAUUUCCCAGGGAAGAGUUCCUACUGAUUUCAGAGGAUCUUACUUUCCAGAAAGUCUGUAAUUCUAAACACAUCUACUGGGAGGUAAGUUCCAGUGGGGUUGCUUCUGAGUAAACUGUGCAGAGGAAUGUGUUCUCCAGAGUGCUUAGCAUUUCAGCCCAAGACUGCAUUCCUUUUCACACUUGGGAGCAAACCACACAGAGUUCAGUAGUGUUUACUCCCAAAUGUGUAAGGAAUGUAGUCUUGGGGUGUGGACUUCAAGAGAGCAAUCCUAUGCUUGCUUUAUCAGAAUGCAGGCUUACUUUUGAGCAAACAUAUUAAGGAAUAGGUGAUAUGUAAAAAUGAUCGAAAUAGCAUGCUAAGAGUGCAACCCCAUACAUGUCUACUCAGAAGUAAGCUUAGUGUAGUCUACUAGAAUUUACUUCAAGGGUGGGGGGAUGGCAGGCUAACUCCAGUAAGAUUUUUCAUAGACUUAGUUACUCUAAGCCAGGCAUCCCCAAACUCGGCCCUCCAGCCAUUUUGGGACUACAACUCCCAUCAUCCCUAGCUAACAGGACCGGUGGUCAAGGAUGAUGGGAAUUGUAGUCCCAAAACAGCUGGAGGGCCGAGUUUGGGGAUGCCUGCUCUAAGCAGUGCAAAUUUUUGAAGUGAAUUUUAGGUCCUUCUGUAGAGCAGAGGUGAGGAUCCUCCAGAUGUUGCUUGACUAUAGCUCAACUAGUGAGAGCGUGGAGCUGAGAAUGCUGAGGUUGCAGGUUCGAUCCCUGUAUGGGACAGCUGUAUUGCAGAGGGUUGGACUAGAUGUUCCUCAGGGUCACUUUCAACACUACAUUCUAUGAUUUUGUGAGUAAACCUCUCAUUGCCCUUGACCAUUGGUUAUGCUGGCUGGGGCUGAUAGGAGCCCCAACAACAUCUGGAGGCCUAGAAGUGCUUAAUCCGUGCUGUAGAGAGAUGCUGAUUAAUUCUCACUUGACCAGAGUUUUCCCCUAUCACAUGUGUCCCUUUAGUUCUUCCCACUCAAGGCAACCACCCCAUUUCUGAGGAGAGAGAGCUCUUGUUCACAAAUGCUGCUUGCAGGCAUCUGGUUGGCCGCUGUGAGAACAGGAUUAUGGACUAGAUGGGCUAUCCAGCAGGCUCUUCUUGUUAUCUUAAACACUGGUAGCCAUCUGAGUGAAAAACUUACACCCCUCCCUUACAUUCAAAUUUCUUGCUGGAUGUGAUUUCGGGUGGUGGGUUGGAACAAAUGAUGCAACUGCGAAUCCCAGACCUGUUUUCUGAACUGGCUGAUGGAGGACCAAAAUUGUAUUAUCUGUACGUGUUGUCUGAGUUGUGGUUACUCUUGUAAUUGCAGUUGACAUAGCAAAAGUCUCCGAGUGAGGGAAAGUGGCCAAUUUUAACACAGUUUUUUACUACAGGCUUUCACUGAAGAGGUAUUCACAGACUUAAAUAAAACCAAGACUGUUCAGAGCUAGUGAGUGUUUGUAAUAGUUUAUCAACAAAUUUUCUUUACGGUUUGCCUCUGCUUUCAGGGCAGGAGGCUAGUCGCUCAAGAGAAACACUCUACAGUUUAAGAACUUCGCUUUUGUUAGGUUUAAAGUUUAGCAGCCAGGAUGGGAGAGGAAGAGAGACUCUGAACAGUCGCCAUACAUCUUUGCUGUUUUUUCAGUUCUCUUUGGAAUUCUAGAUUAUUUUACCAGGGUUUGUCUAGGAAUGUUGAAGCUGUCACUGAGACAGGGGGAAAUCUAAAGGAUGGUUUCUGCUAAUGUUUGUAUUACAUCUUGGUAUUUACAUUUUCUAAACCUUCCAGUUCUUACCAGAAUUGCCAGAGGAAAAAAGUUUGGAUAGUUUUCACAGCUGUUCUUCAGCAUUUUCCAGACUAAAAUCUGAACAUAGCAUGCUGAUUUAUGAGUCACUUUGGAUCUGUGUCUUAAAACAGCUACAGCCUGCCUCUUUGUUUUUUAGCUUUCCUUCUUUUUGCUGAAUUAGCAGCUAUAAAGGCCCCAAUGGGAAUUGAUUAAGAAGCUGCUGCUGGAUUUGCAUUUUAAAAUUUUGAAUUAAGUUUCAGGCAUUUCCAAGAAAGACCAUAUUGAUUGCACCUAAAUGGCGCACAUGGCGCUGAUCCCUAACAUACACAUUUAUAAAACGUCCGAAGAGCUGUUUCUUCACCACUUCACUUUGUUGAGAUUAUUUGUGAAUCUUAUUGCUGAUAACACCAUCCUUCAUGGUGAGCAAUUCCUUGGACAAGCACAGAAACACAGGCUUGGAAGACCUUAUUUAGUACAGCUUAGUAGCAUUCUGCAAACCAAGGAUUGUUAAAAGUUGAAAUUGUGGAAUACUUCGGUGCCUUAUGCGUAUGUUGAUUGUCCUGCUUUCUGACUUUCCCUCCUCCUGUAAGCUAUCUCUUAAAAGUGCCUUUGCUUUAACUAACCGAAGUUUAUCGAUAUUUCUGAAACCAGGUUAACUGUGGUUUGCCUUAACCACAGUUUUGGGAAAUAAGCAGAGUUCAAACCUUGGUUCUUCUGAUCAUGACUUGCUACACUAAACCAUAGCUUGAAGACUAACCAGAUCCCCACAUACCAACAAACCAUAGUUAGUUGAAACUGGAAGCAAAUGCUCUCCUCCUUGCUAAUGCAGUAGAGAAGGGAGAUGGAAAACAUACAACACCCUUCUGUUUAUCUGAUGUACCUCCCCCCAAAAUGUCAGUCAGACUCAAGUGUCGACUCUAGAUAAAUAUUUAUUUCUGUUCGUUUGUGAACUGAAAAAAAUGUUAACUGAUGAGUUUAACUUCUGCAUUCAUACACUAAAGCAGCAAGUAUUGCUAUCUUUUAGCAGAGGGUUGUUAAAAUGUCCUUUAAGUUUAUGUUAUACACACUUGGUUCUCAUAAUUCGUCACAGAGAGUGCAUUGGGGAAUUCUGUUUUGAAAGGAAAACUGCACCAGAAGUUUCAUAUGCAGAAGCUUCCCCCUCAAGAAGGUCUUCCUGAGCUUUCCAUUUGCAGAAAAAAGCUUCCAAGCCAGCAGUCCACUAUGUGUCUUCUAAGGUGAGAAUAGUGUGGAAGCUGCACUUUUGAGUUUGUACCAACACCAUGGCGUUUUAAAAUGUGCUCUGCUUUCAAAAGUGAAGCUUGCGCUUGAAAUGCCUGAAUCCAGCCGCCUUAUAAGUUUCAAAGUGCUACUAGUAAGCUUAAACCACUGUAGAGAUUUUUCUUUCCAUGUACUGUGGUUUAAGGGAAGGGCAAAGAGGGAGGAGGCAAUUGGGAGUGGAAAAUGUGUUUCCACCGCUUUUGUGAUUCCAGCUUCUGCUCCUAAAUUAUAAGGAGGAGGUCUGUUCACAUUAUUUUUUCUACUGGUUUAAGGAAUUGUAUUUGCUGCUCCUGCCCUUUUAAAAAGACAAAUGUGCACACUUAAAAACCUAUUACAUCAGGGGAGAAGCUGAUUUCAGAAAGGAUUAUAUCAUUAUUUUAGCUCCCAUCCUGUUUCUAGCAGUUUUGCAGGAAUGCUCAUCUCUUCAAAAGAGUCAUCUUCUCCUUGAUGAUUCUAGAUAGUGUAAAAACUGCUAUAAAAAGAAGACCUAUUAAAGUGCUGGUAAUUGUUUGAUUUGAGCUGUUGAGCAAUAAAGGCACGUUGUAAUUUUUUUUGGGAUGGGAGUCAUAAUUUUCCGAAUCAGGUUUAAGAAACCUUAAGGGCUUUUGAGGGAUAUUUGCAUCUCUCCACCCCCCCCAUCCCCGCCUUUAUAAAGUAGCACAGUGCAUGGAAAAUCUGUGGAUAUCGGCAGUGUCAGAAAACACAAAUUUAGUCUGAAACAUAAUGCAAGUUGUUAUGCUUAUGGUUGCCUUGAUGGACUCCAGAUGGAUGGUGAGCUUGAGCUCUGAGUGAAAGUGUCUGGCUCCAGUUUGGUGAUCAGGCACAGCAGUGGUUGUAAUUGCAGGAUUUUUAUAGUUUAAAGGCUCUGCCAGAUUUCUCUCUCCCCCCCUCCCCUUCCUCGCCCCAAUGUUAUAACUACAGCAGAACAAAUCCACUCAUGUCUGAUACUGUCUGGUAGGUCCUAAGGCAAACAAGCAUGUUUUAAAUAAAUUUUCAUAGGGUGUCUCUCCCCCCCCCAUCCUGCUUUCCUACUUUUUAGGUGAACUGAAGAAAGGCAGGUUGUUGGAAACAGCACUUUUUUGCAGUAGGAUUUUGAAAGCUCUUUGUUGAAAUAAUUGCUGAUUCUUGUCUAAUGCAGGAUGAACAUUAAUGUAUCAGACUUUUAACAGCCAUGACUUCAUAGCAUUUUGGCUGUGGGUUUGCAUAGUUCUUCUAAUCCCUGUGAGCCAAGGCCAAAUAUUCCAGCUGAGGCGCAAGGCAGCAGAAAGGCCUCUCUCUGUGUUAAAGUGAGCUUAAUUCAGAUCACCGUUUCAGUCUUGUUGAAUUAGUUGGCCUACAUCUCUUCGGUUCCGUCAAGGGUGCCCUGGAAAGACUUAUGCCUCCAUCCAUUACGGCUGAUGCACAUGAGGAAGCGGGCUUAGGAUGCUGCAGGAUAGACACAUCUGUGGCAGAUGGGGCUGUUUCGUUCAGCUUUGCAUUCGAAAUGCCGAUGCCUUGAGGCCGGAGUGUUUAUCCAGGCCUGUUUUCCACUACUCACAUAUGGCUUGCAUUAACAUUUUUAUGUGUGAGAAUUAAUGGUGCAAAGACACGUGAACACAGGAGAGGAGAGGUUUCCGUACCACCCAGCCGUCAAUAUACCUAGACUUUGCAAAUUUAGACUUACCAGGUGAAAGCCAUAAAUUGAGCAACAGCUUUAUGUUGGAUUUGCCAGAUGUCGCAAGACUAUAACAACAGUCUUUGGCCCCCUAGACUUCUAUGGUGGGGGGGGAAAAGUUUGGCUCAUAUACUGGAGAUGUAGAACUGUGACGGUGUUUUAUUGGCAAUUAAUUGAACCAACUUAAGCGGAUGCAAAAGUAUCUUCCUGUGGGCCUUCAGCACUCCCCAGUCAGCCAGCCAGCCAGGAUAGCCAGUGAUUGUGGAUGAUAGGACUUGUAGUCCUGAAACGUUGGGCAAGUCACCAGUUCCUCACCCCUGGAUCAGAUGGUGGAGAAUGAAAAGGCACUGUAAGGGAUGAUGGGAGUUGCAGUCCAACAGCAUAUGGAGAGCCACAAGUUCCUCACACCUGCCUUAGAAGAACAAUAACAAGGUUAUCUGUAGAUGGAGGGGAGAGGCACAACAAAACCAGUGUGCAUUUUAUGUGUUAUAUUUCAAUAUAUGAUCCAGUUUCCUUCUGUGCAAGCUACUUGCUUGUUCUCUUUGAAAUGUACCUGAUAUUGGUAAAAGUUGAUACUAGAGCUUUUCUUCUUGUUGUAUCCUUGUAGAGAUCUGAGCCACAAUAAAUUGUCUUCAAUCAAGCCUAGUUCCUUGAGUCACCUUGGCAAACUACGAGAAAUGUAAGUGGCUGCAUGUUCUUCUGUUUGACUAUAAUAUGCAUGAUGUAAGAGACAUUCCUUUAAAUGUUUUUGAGUGGUGGUAUUCAUAGUGAUGCAUGGGCACAAAAUUAUAAAAUGUGAAAUGAGGCUAUAACUUACUGGGGGGAGGUGUUUCAGAGGCUAUCUGUAAGUCAGUGUUGCUAUAGGUUGUCCCCACUUCCCUUGGGGGGGGGCUUCUUUAAGUUGGUGCGAUGGGUUAAAAUGGUCAAGGGAAAAUCAGAAAAUACCAAUCGGCUCUUGUUUCUGUGUCAGCUGACUUGUGUUUUCGUUUUUUUUAAUGUUGGCAGAAAACUAAACAGUAAUGAAUUUGAAGCCAUACCAAAUUUGGGACCUGUUUCAGCAAACAUCACUCUCCUGACUCUGUAAGUCGAUUUUAAAAAUAUUUAUAUUCUUAUUUGAAAACAGUGGCCAUAUUGACACAUAAUGUUUAACCAUGAUUUAACACUAUGCAGACAAGAUAGAAUGAGCUCGAAUGAAUGAACCCUUGAAUAUGCACACUUCCCUCUCCUUUCUGGACCACUAGGAGAAGCACUUCAGUACAGCUUGAUUUCACUUUCUAGGAUUCAUAACAAGUGAAACUAAAUACUGCAGAAGUCCUUCUAGUUGCAUGGGAGGAGAGGGGAGGGUUGGGUGUGCUUGGGCUCAUUCUAACUUGUGCAUGUAGAGCUAAACUAUGGUUUAGCAUUGUGUGCAAACCAGGCCUACACUUGUAUAGUCUGUGACUGGGAAUCAGCAUUCUGACUUUGUGUAAGGUAGCUUCCUUUGCUGCUGCUUGCCUGGAGUUGGUUGCUGGCUUUCGUAGAGCGGCUUCUUCCAAAAAUAUGUCAUAGAUGGAUAUUAUGGGAAACAUGCAGACUUCAGUCCAACAGAACAUAUGGAUCUGCAUACAUGAAAUACUUCUUUAAAAAAGAAAGAAAGGCUGAACUCCCACCAGUUGACUUGAGUGUUUGAACAGAACACCUCUUUGUCAAGACUUUUACCUUUUUCUAAUGAUCCAUAUUUUUGUUUUUUAAAAUUCUAGGUCUGUAUGUUUAGUUAGAAAUUAAGAAAAGCAGAAUUGAACAUCCCAUUCUGAAUAUUGAUCACAAUAAUUUCCCUUUUCUCAAGAAUUUGGCAACUUUCCAACUCAUAACCUUUUGCUCCUGUGAAAUGGAAUGUUUGUAAGAACUUCUCAGUCUUAAGUUGUCCAAUCCUUAGUAAGUAAAAAAUGUUGUUCUUUGUGUGAUUUGGAAGUGCCAUUCGAUUGCUUCACGGUUGUCUCGCUUUUUCUGACAGUGAAAAUCUGCACUUAAGUACAAGUUGCACGGUGUCUGUUGGUAGAGGACGCUAAAGGGUUAAAAUAAUAUGGUAAAUUUUGGGAAGCCGUUCAGUUAAUGAAAGUGAUCAGUAUUCAAUUGCUUACAUCUGGUGACUUAUUAUCCUGCUGUUUUUACUCUGAGCCUAGGUCAGCUAAGUCAGCUGGUUGCAGCCGCUGUGUCUGCUCUGCUCCUAUUUGAGAAAGAGCUGAAUGACAUUUGAUAUUGGUGUGGCUUUCUUAUAGAUUAAGCUGGGUGGAGGAGAGAACUGAAAAGGAAAGGCAGAUGGUUCAUGGGGGAAAAGAAGAAGUAGUGGAGAGCUGGUCCAUAAAAUUAACAGCAGCCUAUUACUAUAGAAUUCCAUAGGUGAAAUAUCAACUUGAGGCGUAAAAGUUUGGUUUCUAAGGUCUCCACCCCUACCGUUCAGCCUGAGCUGUUGUGCAAGUUAAUCAAGAUUUUUAAGAUCAAUUCACUCGUUUAUUUUUGACUAUGUUAAGGUCCUCAUGUAGUGUCUUUACCUUACCAUUUUCAUGCACAGAAUCUUUUUUUUUAUUUUUAAAAAAGCUCCCUUGUGAAUGAAUGACUUACAAAUUGCCAUACCAUGAAAUCUUAUCACAUGGGCUCUGAAGAACAAGGCUAGAUCUUCUAUAUUCCUGAAAGAGCGUCUCCCAACCCCAUUGUUCAGCCUGGACACUGAGGUCCAAGACCUGGAAGCUGUAUGCCGGCUCCCUCGGCCAAUAAAGCGAGAUGAGAGCUGCAACCCCAGAGUCGGUCACAACUGGAGCUAAUGGUCAGGGGUCCCUUUACCUUUAGUAGUAGUAUUAGUAUUAUUAUUCAUCUCUGCUAGUGGAAGCUGCUCCAUUAGUGCAACUGGGACAUUGCCCCACCAACCUCAAUCUGCCCUUAGCAAGGCCUCAAAUAUUUGCCUCAUUAUUUAUGAUCAAUCCAGUGAAUAGCAUUGCCUAUUGCCUUCCUUCCCAGAGUUGUCCUUGCAACAGAACACCACAAGGAGGAAGAUGAGGGACAAAACUUGAAUUGCUUGGCUCUGCCUUUCAUUUGGUGCUGGCUCCAUCCACUGUUGGUUUCCCUGUUUUCCACCCUACCAUGUCUCAAUCAGCACAAGCCACCACGACUUUCUGUUGUGUCCUCUACUUUUUACAUUCCAAAGAAGUGUAACUGCAGCUCAGGAAAACCUAAAAAUAUUCCUCUGCAGCUGUGAAAAGACUUCAAAAGUCAAGUCUCACAAUCUUGAACUUGUGAGUUUAUGUUAGUUUAUCCAGCCGGCCAAAUAUAAAGAUCUUUAUUUGAUUUUGGUUGUGUGUAUGGUGUUUCUUUUCCUUAUAAAUAAAAUAAAAGUACACAUUUCUUUUAAGGUGCUUCCUGAAAAGAUGUGGAAUUGUUAUGCGGCACAGUUGGGCUGCUUGAGAAGAGGUGUCUUGUUACCAUUGUCCUUUGAAACUCACACAGUGCCUCUGAAUGGCCUCCAAGGGCUUCUGAUUAUGCUCAGCAGAACACGGCUGAGGUUACAAGUGUAUGUACCAUCCACCUCCUGACCUCUGCAGAGAAUGACUGGAAUUAGAAAUAGUAGCAAUUUAUUAUGGCUGCUUUGACAUGAAAGCCACCUUUAGUUCAGCACAGUAUGGGCCCAACUUUGGGAUGAGCACAAAAUAAAAUAAAGGCAAAGGACAGGGAUCAGGUGGCAGUUGAGUAUGUAAUCAGGGAUGUUCGCUCUACAUUCUGCAAGCUAACUGUUCCCCGCCACACACAGGCACACAAACCCCCUGCAAAGCAGAAUCGACCCUGUGGCCUGCCAGGAUGAAGCUGAUUCUCCCAGAGCUCACAGCUUGGAAUGUGCAAGAAUGGCUGAGGCUGUGAUCCUGUACCUGCUUACCUGGGAGUAAGAACUGUUGUAAUCGACGGUGCUUACUAUUGAGUAGACAUGUAUGGGAUUGUACUGUGAAAUUCCUGCCACCGCAGAACUUAAAUUUUCCAUACGUUGUGCCAAGUUGGUAUCUAGCAAGUUGGAAGUGAUUUUGAGGUUGUGCACUUUGGAAGAGACAAAUCAGUGUGGCUGCAUUAUGGCAAUGUCCCCGUCCCCCCCCCCCCACUUUCAAAGGCUGACUUCUGUUGAAGGAAGAUCUAUAGAGAGCUUUUAUGAAAAACUUUUUCUCGUGUGUGUGUGUGUGUGUUACUGCUAGCCUUUUUUUCCUGCAUAGGGGUCAGUUCUGUUUCUAGGUGAUGAUGUGUGUGUGCUUACAUGUGCACAAAUGACAUAGGAAGUGUGCAGAUAUUAUCUGUAUGUCAUCUAAAGGCAUCUACUGAUACCUCUGCCGCCCAUUCAGAUUCUUAAACGUUCCAGCGUCUCUCUUUGAAUCAGUGAAGAGUAACCCUUGUAUAAGUUUGAGGCUUUAAGUUUUUACCUUGUGUGCCUAGGAAUUUCUGCAGUGAAUUGUACUCAGCACGUAUGUGUACUCAGCGAAUGUUUUAUGCUCCAGAUUUUUUUUUUUAAAAAAAACCAAGACAAUCUUAGGGUAUGUUAACAGAAGCAUUAUCAUUGAAAUUGCAGGUUCUUUUAUUCUUCAUUGGUCAAUCUGUGCUCUGUUUGGCUACUACAUAAACAGGAGUGUGUCCAGAGGACUAGGGUGGCAUGGGGGUAUGUAAACUAAAUCCUAUGAAGAAUUGUUGAAAAAGCUGGGUAUAUUUCGUCAGGAGAAGGGAAGAUUAAGAGAGAUAUGACAGUGGUGUUUGAAUAGUAGGAGAUGGAACAGACUUGUUCUUUCUUGCUUCAGAGAACCAAUGAGUGGCAAUUGCAGGAGAACAUAUUUUGGCUAAAUAUUAGGUGAGGCUUCCUCAGACUGCCUCAGGAAUUUCUGGGAUCUCCUUUGCUCUGGAUAUUUAAGAAGAGGAUGGGUGGCCAUCUGACAGAGAUGCUGUAGAAACAUCUGGCAUCGUAGAUAGAGGAAGGGGGCUUGACUAAAUGGUCUCCUUUCCAACUCCACGAUUCUGCAAAAAUAGAUGCUGGUGAUUUUUCCAAAUAAAAAUUAAAAUGUCAAAUGGCUUUUUUGCUUAUCAAAUGACAAAGCCGUACCCCACUUAGCCGAGGGGAGGCCACACUGAAUUCUUCUGUGAGUUGUCUUCUGGAUUGCCCAACCACCAAUUCACAAGGGACCUUUGCUAGGCAAAAAUAUCCCCAACUUCCGGUUCCCAGAGCUGGGCAUUUGUUUAGAUCAGAGGUCUGCAAGCUUACUGGAUGAUGGGCCGGUCUACGCUCUGUCCAUUGGAGGAUGGGCCAUUGGAGGAUGCACACACGCUAUUUCCGGUGCUCCUCCGACCUGGAUGUGUGCCGGAAAUAGUGCAUGAGCACGGGUGCUUCUCUGUCCCACACGCGUUGCGUUCACACAUGCUAUUUCCAGCACACAUCCGGGUCGGAGGAGUGCCCGUGCGCAUGCACACAGGCGCCAUCAACCCAGAAGUCGGUCCCCGCGCCGGUAAGAGCGGGGGGUGGCAGCGGUUGUCAUGGGCCAGAUAGACGAGCCCUGUGGGCCACUGCCGGCCCAUGGGUCUUAGGUCGCCGACUCCUGGGGUAGAUAAUCAGUGCAGUUAUUUGGCAGUGCGGGUACCCUCUUUUAGGGAGUUUUUGGGGGGAAUGCUGAAAAGUGAGCAUUACUUUCAAAACAGAGUACCCACAUCUUCUAUUUGACUGGUACUUGUGGAUAUGUCCUCUCUUAGACCUCAUGGGAUAAUUUUAAAGGAAAUACUAAUGGGUUGCCUUGCUUGACUUAAAAUUUAGCCAUAAACGAUUUUGGUUCAGCACAGUCCCAUUCAUUUUUACGCACUCAACUAUUGACAAAUGAGCAUUUAAAUACUUAUUUUUAUCAUCAUUAAAAACUGUUUUGGAAGAAAUUAGCAUGGAAUGAAUGCAGUCCCCCCCCCUCCAGAAUUGGGGAUUCUGGAUUUAAACUGCUAUAAAUGGUUGUGCUGACUAUCAAUAGCCAUAUUCUGUAUCCCUAAACACAGAUAUUUAAAAUAUUUGUUUAUUUGCAUUCCUUAAAUAUUUGAAGGACCACAUACAGUGAACACAGGGUUCUCUUAAAGCAUGUGUUACUAGCAUACAACACAAUAUUGCAAUCUUUGAGACUUGAGUGAUGAGAGUUUGGGAUGAAUGACCUGGAUUGACAGCAUCUUUCACAGGUGUCUGGUCACCUGUCCCCCCAAAAAAAACCUCACAAUGAAAGAGAAUUGGGUCUUCCAUCCAGAACUUGCUAUUCUAGUCAACAUUCUUGAGAUUUAUGUAUUUAUUUUAAAUGUAUAUAUACACAGUCGUACCUUGGAAGUCGAACAGAAUCCGUUCAAAAACGUUCAAAAACCAAAGUGUGGCUUCUGAUUGGACGUUUGGCUUCCCAAAAACAUUCACACACCGACCGGAAUGCUCACUUCCGGGUUUGCGGUGUUCAGGAGCCAAAACGUUCGAAAACCAGGGUACGACUGUAUCGCUUUUGUCCUAUGACCUCCCAAGGCAGGUUACAGCAAUAAAUAGGCUAAACAAUAAAAAAUAGUGAAACAAAAUAACUAUCCGAAACACAGUUAAACACAGUCUGUCUCUUGUCUGAGAUCUACGCAAGACUGAUACAGUUGCCCUAAUGUUGAACAGUGUUGGUGCCAGUUGGAACUCUAAGGCGAGCACAUUGCACAAAUUGGGUGCUGUUCCUAUAAAGGCCUUUCAACAAGUAAUAGACCUCUCUCUCUCUCGCACAUACAUCCCCACAACUCCCCUUAAAGCUGGGAGAUCUAACAGUAGAUCUCAAAUCAUGGUGGACAGGUUAAAAUGGACGGGUUGUCACCGCUUUGAAUAACUGGGCCUCAAGUCAUUUUGGGUUUCAUAUGUCAAGACCCAAACCCUGAAUUGGGGUCAAUAGUUGAUGCCAGCCAAUGUGGAUCUUUGAAGCCUGGUGUUAUAUGAUCCCUAGCUGCCAGACCCAGUAAGACUUGGGCUGUACCAUUUUACACUACCUGCAGCUUUCAAACCACCUUCAAGGGCAGACCCAUGUAGAGUGCAUUGUAAUAGUCUAAACAAUGGCACCUGUGUCCUAGCUUGACUUGCUUGUACCUUGACUUUCACAUGAGUACCUUAUGGAUGAUGAAUGCACACAGUGUUUUCCCAGACGAGGACCUGUUCCAGAGAAAAAGAGAGCUUCUACUAAUCUGUUUAAUUCACUUUGUCGCCAGAGAUCAGGGCAUCCUAAAGAAAACUAUAGAAGCACUCGCUGCAUGUGGAUUUUCUUUGGCUGUUGCCUGGAAUAACAGGCUAGUUUUUCAUAAUAGAUGACAUUUUGAACUCAAUGUUGUCCCAUUCUUGGAACAGAUAUGUAGAAUUGUCCUUUGACCUCCUUCUUGCCUAGUGUGUGUAUGUGUAUGUGUGUAUGUGUGUGUGUGUGUGUGUAUACCUUUUCUGUGGCAGUGUUACCUUGAGCAGAAUAUUAGCCCCAUAGCAAAUAUGCUCAGGAGCAGAACUUGCUGCAGUAGGAUUCUCAGGUUGCAGAGGUGCAAAGCAUUGGGCAACUGGCAGUAUUGUGUAACCAUUUUCUCAUUUUAAGUAGCGCAGGUUAUCAGCCUGUACUAGUGAUGUGGCCAAACUGCAACAACUGCUCCUAAUCUCACCCUGGCGUGUGUGCCCAUUAGCACCUUUCCACAAAUUCUGACUGAACCAGAUAAAUGCUGCUCCGAUCAAUGCCUGUGUGUGACCUUUCUUGUGUGUGCUGCCCUGUCAAUUGGCAUGGAAGCAAAUUGACCGCUCUGCUCAAAACUGCAUGGCUUGUAUCAACCCAGUCCGACUAGUGGCCUUUUCAAUUGGGAGGAAGGUAAAUACGGGCUGGGAAUUGAACUGAGCGAGCUUUUAUAACUGCUCCUCGAAAUGGGUGUAGCAUUGGGCUGCCUGCCAUCAUUGUGUCAGAUUUUCCCGUUCCCAGAGCACGUUUGGCUUAUUUUGGAAAGCAGACGGACUUCUUUUUUGUCUCCAUAUCUGGCAGCCUCUCUUUCUUCCUUUCUCUACUACUAAUCCCUCCGAUGAGUUGGAGCAGGAUAGGAGUGCAGCUGGCACCUUUGUAGCUUGACUCUGGGGCGAGACUGCCAUUACCGGCGUGGCAUAUGUUCUAAUAAGAAAAAUCCAGAAUCUGAAGCAGGAUACCCCAAACAAUGUGUUGAGAAGCGCUGGAGUCUGUGGCCUGCAUCGGUUAGGGAAAUGAAGCUAAUUUGCACGUGCAUCUGUUGCAUAAUUCUGUUUCUGCCGCUCUCAGGUCUAUGUUGGGCAGUCAAACCCCAUCCUGCCCUCACCACCUGCAUUCCAUUCUAUGUUGCUGUAAACAAACAUAUCCACAGAUUUCUAGCAUGCAGAAAUUCCGUGUCCGGUACUUAAUUCUGCACUUGUGAAGCGUGACCACAGAUUCUUCACAUUACACUCUUUUCUCUGCACACAAGCAGGCUCACACUCCCUCCAUUCUGUACUUUUGUGCUUGAAUGGAAGUCUCUGAAUUGGGGAAAAGGCACUUUUUGUGAAGGUGGACAAGCUUGACUCCUGCUCUGUAGGCUUCCCUUGGUCCCGUAGUUGAGAAGUGGAUGUCAGAUGAAUGAUGCUCACCUGGUUUCUGUUAUACUUUGGCAAUAUGAGGGCCACUUCCUUUGUUUCAUUAAAAGUGAAGGUCCAUGACAAUCUCCUUUGUAAGUGUGGUUUCAGUCCUAAGUUAUGCUCUGAUUUUUUAUUUUUAUUUUUAAAGUUUCAGGAAAGGUUUCCCUGCCUUCUCUUGUAAUAUUAGAGUGGUGUGGAGGCAGGACAAGUUGAAUAGGAUCCAAAAUGCAGCAGUCUGAUUGGUCCUAGAACAAUAGGAUUCAGAAUGCAGCAGUCUGAUUGGUCUGCAGGAGCCACCCAAUCCAGCUCCAGAUGGAAGUGAAUCCACAACCUGGUUGGCCUACAGGAGAAUUCUGGAAUUAGCCAAUCACAUGAAGCCCACUGUGUAAAUAAUGUAUAUAAAGCAGACAUUCUGGGGGAACUUUCAUUCCUCCUCACCACUAUGAGCUGAAUAAAGAGCAUGAAAUCCACUCUCGACUCUGAGUAUAUUUCAACAAGUGUGGAGCAGGGCGCUUGCAGGCUUUUUCGGUGGUGUUUCAAAUAUGCGUGAUUUCACUGGUGCGCACAGUGCCUUGGAACAUAACCUCUGCAUAAAUAGGGGCUUGCCUCUAUAUUUCUAUAUGAAAAUUUGCACUUUUUCAGUAGUGCUGUAUCUCAUACAGUCCUACAGAGAAGGUGAUGGAGUGUGCUUUGCUGAGAGCCUGUUGCGGCACUGGCAAGAUCAGCCUUCUGCCUUCUCCGUGCAGUUUGGCUGCUACUUCUCAAACUUUAGUUGGAGGGCACCGGCGAAUAAGUUUCACCCUUCAGCUUUGACACAGCCAACCAAUAUGUGAAGAAUGAUGGAAAACCUUGCAAUACAUCCAAUAGGCUGUCAUUUUCUGAGAGCAUUUGACUUCUUGAUUGUAUUGGCUUUCAUUCAGAUCCGUGCUAUAUUUCACUGCAUAAGAGGGAGCCGUUGCCUUCUGUCUUGCAACGGUAUGUGUGAUUGGCAUUGUUGAGUAAAUGGUAAAAUAAACACUCCAUUCUUCCAUGCGCAUACCAGUUAUAUUAAUGGCGAGGCCAGUUUUUUCCUGCUUCUGGACACUUGACAUGGAACUUGCUGUGCAUUCUGAUGUUCACACCCAGAGGUGCUUUCAGAGUGUGCUUUCCAAUUCACUGCAAGAAGAUGUCAACUCUCUGUGAGUUGCCCCACAAGGCAUUGAGCUUUCUCUUCCGCUAAAGUAAUUUCAUAGAACUUGCUGCUGCUAGAGGAGCCCCAUGUGUGGCCCUGUCCCUCCAAGGAGGUUUUUUGCAAAAGGCUGUUUGAUAGAAAUGUUGGAGGCAGGAGCAAAUCCCCAUACACACUUAUUUCCUGGUAAUAUGCUUCUCAGUGGCUUAGGCUACUUUAAAUUAUAUCUCUUUAUUGUUGACUGCACAUGAAUCAUAAGGAUGAAAGUUUGUUAUCUUUUGACAACAUUCUCUAGGGGUGUGCACCAGCAACAAGAUUUGACUUGUAUCUAUAUCGGCAGCUUUGGGAAGCAGCCCAAUCUGUUUUGGGGCUGCUCUGUGUCUUUCCAUUUUGACUCAUGCAGAACAGAAUUAGAUAUGUUGAAAACAAAGUCACCCCCCCCGCCCCUAUAAAUACACACACACACACACACACACACACACUAUGACAGGGAAUCUAAAAGUGGUUAUAACUUUUUGAAAAACUUUUCAUAGGAGUGGAUAAAAUUUGCAAGCACAGCCUCCCCUCCAGAGUGGAUGAAGCUUGCCAGAUUGUAGGCAGAUAGAUCUAGGAGUUUUCAUGCAGCACAGCUUUAAAAGCAGUGUCCGUGUGACUUUUUUUUUAAUUCUCUGCCAGAUAUGGGUGUAACUUGCAACCAGUUCUGAGGUGGCAAAGGUUGCUGAAUUUCAGAAUGAAAUGGGCUCUUUUUGCUUUUAGGCUGCAAAUGACUGGAAUAGAAUAAAAAGGCUACUGUAAUCUGGUGCAAUAUGAAAAAGAAAACACCCUCAUCUUCCACUUUAUGACACAGUGAAAUAGAGCAAUUUAGGUUUUGUUGUUGUUGUUGUUGUUGUUGUUGUUGUUGUUGUUGUUAUUUGUGUAUCUUAACACUAUGACCCAGAGAUUUGGGGUUAAAUACUGAAACAAAUGAAUUUGAUACAAGCUGCCAGCAUUCAUUAAGUCUGAAGUAAUUACUGCGCUGUCAUCUUCCUCACAUGGUAGAUUACCUUGAAGUGAGAGUACUUAUUUUAUUUAUUUUGAAAAAAUAUAUAUACCAUGCCCUUCAGUAUGGCUCUUAUUGGAGUAGCUAACAAAGAAUGUAAAACACAUAAAAACAGAUUUUAGAGUUGUGCAGAAAUAUGCCUAAGUCAAACUUGGUUCAAUGCAGCUUACUCCCUAGGAACUUUUGCAGAGAGUUUGCAGCUCAAGCCUGCUAAACUUGGAGGUUAGUGCUGCUGAAAUCAGUAGGGCAAGUGAGAUUCCCAACAGAGUGUUGCAGGCAGUGCUGGAUUUACAUAUAAGCUAAACAAGCUAUAACUUAGGGCCCCACUCUCUUGGGGGACCCCAAAAAAUUUAAAGGAAAAAAACCUGCAUGUAUAUAAAAUAUAAGAUAAGAUAAAAAACAAAUAAAAUCAUUUUAGAGACCUAUUAGGUCCAUAAAUUACCAUAUAGCAUAUAUUUAACACAAAAAAACAGAAACAAUUUGUUGUUGACAAAGGACAGCUGGACAUAUAAAGGGCCCCAUUAACUUCAGUAGCUUAGGGCCUCAUCAAACCUGAAUCUGGCCCUGGUAGCAGGUGGCAUUCCCUGUCCUCCUCCUUGGUCUUUCCUAUUAGGCAACAGAGCUCAUUGAUGACAUCUGAGACAAGGGAGUUAUGCUAAAUAAGUGGCACUCACUUAGCUGGUGAUGGAGACAAGACUUGUUCUGCAGAUAGCAGGCAACAGUUCCCACUGAGGUCCUCUGAGGCAAGGGAGUGGGACUGAGCAGCUAGAACCCACUCAGCCUGUGAUGGAGGCUGAUAAUGACCCACACAUGGAGUAUGUGUUUGCUAUUGAUAUAGAAGAUCUUCAUUCAAAUUAGUGUGCACAGUAUUUUUUCCUGCCAGAGGAGUAGCCUGCCUAUCUGAACGCAUGGCGUUUCUUCAGAACAAUUAACCAGCAGUAAAUUAACAACUCAAGAUAGAUAAUAUAUUCUCAAAAUCAAAGACGCUGUGUUUUGAUGACUCUAGGACCUUUUUUUUUCCCCAUUGAAAGGACUUACAACCUGGAGUAGGGUGUAAAACACAGGUGCUCAUAAGAACAGAAUUCUUACCUGACAGAUGUUCAGUGGCACUGUAUUUUUUUGCUAUGGGGGAAAAAAGUCAAUUGCGCUUUUGGUGAAAGCAUUUCCCCAAAAUUCUCUUUUUGCUGUUAACUGUGGAAAGUUUUUCUCUUCCCAGAGUACAGUAUAUCUCGAGAAGAGAUACUCCUGCAAGGGUGGGGAAGCAACAAGGCUUUGGAAAUAAGUCCACUAUCAAAUCUGAUUUGUGAUGUCUGGUUGAUUUAGUUCAUAGUACAAGGAAAGCAAUGUGUUGCAAAGGGCACCUCAAGCAUGUCACGUGACAACCUUUUAAAUGCUUGAAUUGUGUGUUACAGGCAGCACAAGAGUGGACACUUGUUUUAGCAAUCCCACAGGUUCUAAUAAGGCUCCAGGGCCUUACAUUUAACAUUUGUGUUGACCUUCUGAUUGCUGUAGAUAAGCUGGAGUCAACGAGUGGUUCAAUAGGCAGCAUAGUACAAUCUGUUGUGCAAGUUAAUCACCAAUUUAAAGGUCAAUUCACUCAUUUAUUUUUCACUCUGUUAAGGUCCUCAUGUAGUGUCUUUGCCAUUCCAUUUUCAUGCACAAAACCAUUUUUGAAUUUAAAAAAAGCUCCCUAGUGAAUGAAUGACUUACAAAUUGCCAUAUCAUGAAAUCUUACCAUAUCUUCUGUUCAGCCCAGAUGCUGAGUUUCAGCUCCAAGGGCCUUCUGGAGGUUCCCUCUUUAAAAAAAAAAAAAAAAAAAAAAUUGUUACAAAGAACCAGGCAGAGGGGCCUUCGUGGUAGCCGUGCCUGCCGUGUGGAACACCCUCCCGUCAGAUGUCAAACAGAUAGACAACUAUAUGACUUUUAGAAGACAUUUGAAGUUUUUAAUGUUUGAUGUUGUUCUGCAUUUGACGUUUUAAUUGGUUGGAAGCCACCCAAACUGGCUGGGGCAACCCAGUCAGAUGGGUGGCAUAUAAAUAUAAUUAUUAUCAUCAUCAGUGGGAUUGCUUUAGAUGGGAUUCCUUCUUAAGUGCUUGCAUAAAUCAGACCUGUUUGUCACAGGCUGUUUAGGUUGUCUAAUGCACUUGCUUCUGCAUCCUGACUUCUUGCUAGAGCUGGGAAUGUGACGUGAAUAUAUGUGUUGUAUGAGAGGACCCAUUAAACUUGAGGUUGCUGUCCUACACUUCCUAGGCAGUAAGCCCCAUUGAACGUAGUGGGACUUGCUCCUGAAUAAACAUGCACAAGGUUACGCUUUGAAAAUGACAUAGCAGUGGCUCACCAUUUCAGCCCACUUGGCUUUUGUGUCCAGUCUACUUCUUAUACAAGCCUGAGGCAGGACAGUGAGGUAAUAGGAUAUUGUUUGUCGGAGUCUUACAGUGUGUACUAGACACCUAAUAGUGGGCAAACAAAGCCUAUGAACAAAGGGAGUUUUGCAAUAAGAACGGUGAUGAGUGAAACAAAACACCUGUGAGGCCAUCUGUUGUGUGGUUUUAAGUAUUUCGUAAAACACUUCAUGCAUUCCUGGCUGUCUUCUUGCUCCUGGGUACUUUUGUGAUACUCUCUCAAGGAGGGCAGGUACAGCUUCUGUGAGGUUUACUGUUUGCUAACCGUCAUAAAUGGGAUGAAAUGUAUGCCUUGGUAAUGAAUGUCUGAGAAAGGCAUGUAAUACGGUUGGUAGUUAUCUUGUGGUGGUAGAGUUAAGAUAAGCAGACCAUAUAAUGGCUGUAAUUUUAUGGUUGCCGAAACUCUCUGCAUGGUAGUGAUAACUGCGUAGAGUUAGUUCAUUGUAUCCUCACACCUUGAGGGCUGGGGUAUUGCCAUGUCUCCUGCACUUCCACGUGCCUCAUCCAAAAUGAGAUUGUCGCCUCUGAACAUUACAGAAGUUUAGAAGUGAUCAGAUUGUUGCACGAUUAGAGUCACCACAUGUUAAGUUUUCAAGGGGACUUUGUGCUGUAAAUAGCUGUGUGAUGAUUCCAUCCUAACUUUGCUCUUGAUAAAAGAUUUGCAUGAUGGGAGGCAGCUGCCUUGGGACACCUUUCUGUAUAGAGUAAACCAUCAUCAUCAUCAUUUAUUAUUUAUACCCCACCCAUCCGGCUGGGUUUCCCCAGCCACUCUGGGUGGCUUCCAACAAUAUAUUAAAAACACAAUAAAACAUCAGACAUUAAAAACUUCCCUAAACAGGGUUUUCUUCAGAUGCCUUCUAAAAGUCAGGUAGUUGUUUAUUUCUUUGACGUCUGCUGGGAGAGUGUUCCACAGGGCAGGCGCCACUACCAAGAAGGCCCUCUGCCUGGUUCCCUGUAACUUCGCUUCUCGCAGUGAGGUAACCGCCAGAAGGCCCUCAGAGCUGGACCUCAGUAUCCGGGCUGAACAAUGGGAACAUGGUGUCUACCAGCUGUUGUGGACUACAACUGUGGCCGAUGGAAGUUGUCCAAAACAGCUGGAGGGCACCAGGUAGGAAAAUAAGAUGUUAGACUAUUCUUGCCUGACAAAUUUUGUCCUAGAAAAAACUGGAAGAACCCCUUGCAUUGGAAAUAAGAAAGUGCCCAAGAGUUUGGCAGUUGAGCUGACUGGCCCAGUUGGUUAAUGAAUGGCAUUCUUUGACUUUGUAUUUCAGUUGGAACCUGAAGAGUUCAGCAACCAUUUCCUCAUCCUCAUAACUUAGUUUUCCUGUUAUCCCCAGUGGGAUAUUGGAGAUUGUCACAACCAACAACAGUACAUGAGAGCGUGGGUGAAGGGGCUGUGGUGCCAUUGCUGUGAAACCAGAGCUUUCCCAACCUCACCCCAUCUCAGAGAGCGUAGCUCCCCUACUGCUGGAAGCGUGUAACUGCUACUGUGGUUCCCUUUGUGCGCUGCAGCCAGUCACAACUUAAGAUCAGUGACUCCUUGACCUGCAGUUGUGCCAGAGCAUUGGUGUGAAUGCAUACUACUUUAUAUUUAUUUAUUUAUUUUAAAUUAUUUUUUAUUCGUUUUUCUUCAAUAAUACAAACAGCAAUAAACAACAGAUACUAACCUAAAUUAAACGACAUAAACUAGCCUAAAUUUCCAUUACAAUCUUUCAAAAAACUACAACAUAUUAUUAAUGUCUCUAUUAUAUACGCAUGUUGACCUCCCUCCCGAUUUCGGGCUUCUUGAUAAAUCUUCCAUCAUACUACUUUAUAUUUAAAUAACCUUCACAUCCGAGGCUGAAAAGAAUGCCCCCUCCAAUAAUGAAUAUUUUUCUUUCCCUUACAAUACAAAGUUUGGCACAGUCACUUCAACCAUCUAGGCUGUUUAAAUUAUUUCUCAAAUAAUUUAUUUAAUCAUGUGAGCUUAUCUGAUGUGGCACCUUGGUUACUUCUGGUGUUUGCUUAUAAAUUGUUUUGGGAGGGGACCAGAUGACGUGUUGUGUUGUGUUGUGUGGAUAUUGAUCACUAUGUACAAUCAUUGGUUAUGAGCACAGGGUAAAUCUCAGCAAUUUCCAGGUUGCUCCUAGCUGCUAUCCCUCUCCACCAGCCCCAAAUUAAAAACACACCCUAAAAUAUGCAGCAUUUAAUUAUUCACCACCUGAUGGGUUGGAGAUGAAUAUAUGAACUACCCCCAGUGAAAUCAUGUUAGCACAAAAGUUCUGUGUUGCUUGAUCUGUUGAUGGUUGCUCACAAGUUAGUCAUUCCUUGAUGGCAUGGUUUUUGUGUGAUGAAGGUGCACAUACAAGCUUGUCCCUUGUUUCAUAUAUAUAAACUUGGUUUCUCAUUCCUUUGGGGUUGGUUUUUUUUUUUGAGCCAUAAGAUAUAAUCUGCACUCCUUGUCAACCGAUGUGUUUUGAGAAGGUAUAAAGUUGUAUGUUCGCUGUGACACAUAUGGAAGUCACAUUUCUCGCAGCUGUACAAGUGUUGCGAACAUGACCAGUGCUUUGGUCUUCUGGACUAACUGUGGUGGGGGAAAUAGGUGGGAUCUCAGACCACAAGUCUAAAAGUAUAAGCUUUUAUAUCUGAAACUAGCAAAACUGUUUUUAUCAGAUGUUUAAAUUUUCAUGUACUAGCAACUUGUUGUGAUGGGCUUAAGGGUACGUGAGCCUUGAAAAAGAAGUUGUGAACUUGAGACGAAGGUGGAGGCAUGACCUAUUGAAUUACAGGCAAGGUUUUGUUCUUGGAAUCCACUUGGAAUCAGGCCCAGGAAUGAAAAUUGUGGUAAAAUGUUACUUGUGGGGGGAGGCAGCAAACAAAGGACUGCAAACAGAGGGAGGAAGGAGCAGGUUCUGCAAGCUCUUAAAUGUGGUUCACGGUAAAGCUGAAGAAUACGCCUGCGUGUUAAAUGUUUGGUCUGUGGCAGAGCAAGUUGGAAGGGGAAAUGGUAACAGAAAGCAAAGGAUGAUCUGGGAGUACCAAUGUGUAUGACACAUGCCAAAUAGAUGAGGUCACGGAAGUGUAAAGGAUUGUGAAGGAAGUGAAGAUUCAUCAGUAAGGAAUGACAACUAUACGCUUCCUACUGGUUUCAGUGGCAGUAUGGCCAUGAGGACCAGUUAGGUAAAGGUAAAGGGACCCCUGACCAUUAGGUCCAGUCGUGACCGACUCUGGGGUUGCGGCGCUCAUCUCGCUUUAUUGGCCGAGGGAGCCGGCAUACAGCUUCAGGGUCAUGUGGCCAGCAUGACUAAGCCGCUUCUGGUGAAGCCAGAGCAGUGCACGGAAACACUGUUUACCUUCCCGCCAGAGCGGUACCUAUUUAUCUACUUGCACUUUGACGUGCUUUCAAACUGCUAGGUUGGCAGGAGCAGGGACCGAGCAAUGGGAGCUCACCCUGUUGUGGGGAUUCGAACCACUGACCUUCUGAUCGGCAAGUCCUAGGUUCUGUGGUUUAACCCACAGCGCCACCCAUGUCCCUCUGAGGACCAGUUACUGAGCAACAACCCUUGGCUUCCUGUCCUGCUUGUUGGCCACCAUGGGAAAAAGAAUACUGGGCCAGACAGGCCUUUGAUCUGGUCCACCAGGAUUCCUCUUUUUAUCAUUUGAGCAUCUCUCAUUUGUGCUGAAGUUGGUGGAGGCAAAAAAUAUAGCUGGGGUCCACUUUAUAGUUUCUGCAGUUCUCUGGACUUAGGCAGAUGAAACAUAGAAGCCCUGGAAGAGAGUCCGAGAGAUGGCUCAGUUGGUUAGAGAGUGGUGCUGAUAACACCAAGGUUACAGGUACGAUCCCUGUGUAGAACACUGAAUAUUCCUGCAUUGCAGGUAGUUGGACUAGAUGGCCCUUGGGGUCCCUUCCAACUCUACAAUUCAUUCUAUGAUUCUCUUAUGAUUUGGAUGAGAAAGGAGACAGCAGCAGUCUCUCUUGACAUUUUCUCUUGCUUCUUCUGCUGCUUCCCUUCUCCGGGCACAAAGAGAUCCAGCCAUGCUUGGAGUCCUCCUUGUCAAAGGGCUAGGGCCGUUUGGCGUUUAAGAGAAGUGGAGGUGAAAGAUGUGAAAUUAGUUGUUUGCACAAUAGUGAGAGUCCUCUGCCAAGAGAAACAAUCCAAUAGAAGAUGUUCAAUGGCCUAAACCAGUGGUUUUCAACCUGCGGGUCCCCAGAUGUUGUUGGACUACAACUCCCAUCAUCCCUGAGCUCUGGCCUUGCUAGCUAGGGGUGAUGGGAGUUGUAGUUCCACAACAUCUGGGGACCCACAGGUUGAGAAAGGCUGUCCUAAACCAAAUAGAUUAUUGGACCUUGGAAUUUCUAUUUCUUUAAUCACUGUACAGUUGUACCUUGGUUUUCAAACAGCUUAGUUCUCGAAUGUUUUAGCUUCCGAACGCAGUAAACCCGGAAGUGACUGUUCAGGUUUUUGGAAUCCGAACUUCCGAAGGGGCUUCCGUGACUUCUGAUUGGCUGCAGGAGCUUCUUGCAGCCAAUCAAAAGCCACAAUUUGGUUUCCAAAUGCUUUGGAAGUCAAACUGACUUCUGGAACAGAUUCCGUUUGACUUCCAAGGUAUGACUUUACUUUUAAGGGUUUUUUUUUAAAAAAAAAAAAAACAUAUAUACACACUGUUUAAUUGUUGAAAUCUCUAAGCUUUAGAACAAAAAUAAUAUACAUUAAACAAAAAGUAGAACAAAAAUAUACAUUAGAAACAAAAAAGGAUACAUUAAAAUUAUCAGUAAAAGUCAGAAGUUAAAAACAAGUUGGCCUAAACAAAAAUCCAAGUAUAAAUAAAAUCAGUAGUUAAAAAUAUACAACACUGCCUCUCUCAAUAAGAUGCAAAGGUAGAGCCACAAAUGGUCUGACAUCAAAUCUGAAUGCCUGCCAAGCAAAAUGUAAUGCAAUACAAAAUGUAAUGCAAUAAGAAGGGAGUUGAUCUUUAUCAAAAAGUGUGAGUAACCUGUUAGGACCAACUACAACAACUGCAGAUUUUACUAGUACAGCUUGAAAUGAGUGAAUACCCUGUUCUGUCCCUACUCUGUUAAAGUUAUAUUAUAUAUGUAUAUGUAUAUAUAUGUGUGUGUGUGUAUAUAUAUAUAUAUAUAUAUAUAUAUAUACAUACAUACAUACAUAUAAAUAUAUAUUAUUUGCAAAUUUAAUGAAGAAAAAUAAUAUUAUUAAAAAUAAAGGAAAAGAAAUAAUAUCUGAAUACUGCUACUGAUAAAUUAUCAGCUCACAUUAAGGAUACAGUAACCAUCAGCACAUUCAUAAUAGUUGUGUGGUUUUAGUUUUGCUUUUAAGUAUAUAUUCUGUUUUUUGCCACCCAUCUUUCAUGAAGUUUUUUUCUGUCCUUUCUGCUUCAUAAAACAAUACAGAGGGCCACAUAUGACCUUGGACUUCAGCUUGCCCAACCCUGAUUUAAAUGAUGUUUUAAUUUGUUUAUUUGUUUUAUUUAUAGUAUGUUAGGCAAAUCAUUAUUUUCCUCUCUACAAGCUCAAGGUAUUGAUAGACAUCCUGUAAAUGGUCACAACUGUUGAUAAUCUUUCUGAGCUUUGAUGUGAUUUAUAGCCAUGAUUGGCACAUUCUUGUGUUUCAGAUAUAAUACUAAUUUUGAAACAAAAUGUAUACAAUUAAAUCAGAGUGUCUGGGGAUUUGUGUCUGUCAUUCAGGUUCCUCUUCCUUUGCACUCACCAGUUGACUUCAGCUGAUGCCCCCGGUUUCCCAGCUAUAUUCGGUAUAGACCAGCCUUUCUCAGCCCUCGGUCCUUAAUGUUGUUGGACCACAGAUCACAUCAUCCCUGACCACUAGUUCUGCUAGUUUAGAGGUGAUGGCAGUUGUAGCCCAACAGCAUUGGAGGACUCAAGGCAGAGAAAGACAAGUGUAGAUACUGGGAGCCCCAAGAGCUGUAUCUGUGCUUGUUCCAUUCACAAUUUCCAACCCCCUACCUACAGCUCAACCAAACCACCCUGUCCCUUCAUAGGAUGCCCACUAACAGGCGUCAUCAGUGUGAGACAGACAGUAGCAGAGCACAGUGGUUGCUGGGAAGCUGCCCUGUCCUGAUAGUCUUGUCCUUGUACCUCAAGCUGCUUCUUCAUUCUCUGAUUCUGCUGUGAUGGCUCAACAGCGCUGACAGCCCAGUUUGUUGUCCCCUGUAGUUUGUAGCGCCACCUGUCGACACUUUUGCAAACUGCAGCAUGACAGCGCUCUUACAUACUUGUUAUAUGUAAGGAAAUAUUCGAGGUCCGAGGAAACUUCAAAGUUUUGUUGGUGUUCCUGCUAAUAAGAGACAUUCAAAUCUAAUUUAACUCAGGUUAGUUUAUGUGAGAGCUUGAAUUUUCCUCAUUUUUUCAGGGGAUCCCCUCAAAACUGUCAUCAAAUUGUAGGUUACCUCUGUGUCCGCAGAUGUGUUCUCUAAUUCAUUGGAGGUUUUGUUGUAAUCCUUUGCAAAAUAAAUAAAUAAAUCAUGAUGACACAUAUGGAUCUCUGCAUUGGAUCAGUGUUUUUGUGGUUCUGGCAAGCUUUAGAUUUGUGAUUUACUCACAUUUUUUAAUGGUGCAGUCUACCAGUACAGUGGUACCUUGGGUUAAGAACUUAAUUCGUUCUGGAGGUCCGUUCUUAACCUGAAACUGUUCUUAACCUGAAGCACCACUUUAGCUAAUGGGGCCUCCCACUGCCGCUGCGCUGCCAGAGCACAAUUUCUGUUCUCAUCCUGAAGCAAAGUUCUUAACCCGAGGUACUAUUUCUGGGUUAGCGGAGUCUGUAACCUGAAGCAUAUGUAACCUGAAGCGUAUGUAACCCGAGGUACCACUGUAUAAGUUUUAAUUUUAUGGCUUUUUUUGGAGGGUAGGAUAUAGAAUUACGUGAAUUUACUAAAAUCCAGUUUCAUUUUUCUGGAUUUGACUUUUAUUCAGACCCCAUGGAAAAAAGGGGGGGCAGAUAGUUUGCCUGUUGUGGGGAGGGAGAACAGAAGGGAGCAAAGGGGUUUUUGCCUGCGACCUGCUCUCAAAACUCCAUGUGGGCCAGUGGGCCUAGAAAGAUUGAGGACCUCUGACUGAAGGUAUGAUGUUCUUUAAGACAGUGUAACACUCAGUGCAGAGAUGAGAGAGCUUUAUCUUCAAGUGCAUCUUUCAGAUAACCAGUACCAAAAAUUUAGUGUGGUUUAAUUACUUACUCUGCCUUUGAACUAUAUUGAGAUGUAAUUAAACUACUAAUGUCUUGCCCGCUGUUAGUUAACAAACGAAUGUUCUUUCUCUUCCCACAUUCCCACAAUAAAGCUCCAGCAAGCCUUAUCUGUAAAGGAGGCUGCCUUGGAGUAAUUUGCCAGUUAGUUAACAUCUGAUCUGAAGGUGAGAUUAUUCAGAUCCAUUAGGAACAGCUGAAAUUCAUGAGCGGGGGGGGGGGGGGAUAUUAUCCAGCCAGUUGUAAGAAAUUUCUCUUUUAUGAAGCAAUGGUGACACAAAGACUGCAGUGUGUACGCUUUCCCUAACUGAAUACUUUCACACUGCAAUUUAGGAGGCGUGCAGUUCAGGAAAUUGCUGGCUUAGGCUGAAGCACAGUUUUACUGCAAGGAAAAUUUUAUUUGUCACUCAAGUAAUUGGCAGUUUUUAGUACCUUAUUAGUAAUUACCUUAUGAACACUAACGUCUAAACUAAAGCCUCUUAAACUUGUUAUCUACCUUUGUCUUGCUCACUCAUAAAUCUGCCGCAUGGCUCAUCCGUUGGGGUUUUUUUUUAAAAAAAGAUUUAAAUAAGACCUUGCAGCUAAGAGUUAAAUUUAAAGAGCCUAGACUCGACAGGCCAAGGGCUGAAAUUUGAUGCUGAGUGAGAACAAUGUCUGAGGUGUAACAAAAUAUCACUUCUUUUUAACACAUCUGGUGUGAGGGCUAGUUAAUCCACAACUUCUGGCUUCUCUUUUUAGCCAAUUUCUUGGUUUUAAUGAGUGGUGAUUAAUCUCAGCCUCUAACUUCCCUUAAGUGCUUAUAUGGGUACCUCAGUUGCCAGACAUCCUGUUUUAAAUAGAAACAACUUAUUUUGAAGGAACAGUCCCAUUGAUGUGCUCAGAGUACCCUCAAAUGGUAUAAUUUUAGCAGAAUUGAGGUGGGCAAGCCAGCUUCUCCCUCUGCUUAGAUUUAAAACAUGAUAAACCACAUUACGUUUCUGCCCUUUCAUAUUUUCUAAUCUGCCCCAUAAAGUAGCCUGACGGGCCUGGCAUCAGCACUUGGCAGCUUCCAGCAACUUCUAGUAACCCAGUGCCCAGCAACUGGGUCACCAGCAACAAUGCCUGCUUUGGGUUUCUUGCUAUAGGCAGCUAGGGCUCUGAACCACCAUUUUGAAUUUACCAGAGGGCUCCUGCAUUGCUCCAGAGUACUGAAGGCAUUUAAAAGAGGCAGCUCGUGGCGUCUUGCCUCAGAAGCCCAACAAUCUUAUCUAUGAAGGAUAGGAGUGAGGAAUCUCUGCGGCCUUCCAAAUGUUUGUUGGACUCCAUCUCGCAUCAUGCCUGGGCAUUGGUGAUGCUGACUGAGGCUGAAGGGCCACGAACUCCUUGUGCCUGAUAUAGGAGAAGGCCCAGCAGAAAGCUCUUUGCCUAGUCCUCCCUCAAACCUGGAAGUGUCUUCUGGCAGGCAUCUCAACAAGGAUUGCCAAUUAUUUAUUGAUCUCAAGCAUUUUUACCCUCAUUCUUUAGCUGAAAAGGCUCCCAGAGUAGCUUCCAAGAUCAAUAGUAAGAUCAUCCCUGCUGCUUUCAGGCUUGACAUCCAAAGGAAUGUAUGUAUGUAUGGAAGGGUUGGUAGCAAACUCGGGUACCAGUUUUUGAAGACACAGUUCUUAUGAGGACCAGCUGGAAUGGAAGUAGGAUGGAACUGGCUGUUGUUGAGGGUAGGCCAGAGGCAAUGGAAUAGCUGUGUUUCCAUUUCCCCCCAUCUGUUCUGUAGCUGCUGUUAUGUGACCUUCUCCUAUUUGGGCAAGAAUUUUCAGAGGGUUGUUGUUGGAUCCUGAAUGCAGAAAAACAUCCUGAAAUUAUGUGGAAGGAUGAAACGAUGCAGUCUUUAUGAAAACUUUAAAGCACCUUCUAUUCCUCUAAGCAUGGCACAUGGUAUCUCUUUUGCUGGUGGCACCCUAUCCUACACACAAACAUGAGAUCAAAUUGUUCUAAUUUUGUUCAGAGCGGGCGACUGGUGGCCCUUUUCUUGGGUUGAUAGCUGAGGAGAAGAGAGCUUUGCUUGUGGUUAUUUUAAAUUGUGCUCUUGACAGAAUAAGAGCAGCAUGUUUGACACUGUGCCUGACCUAGUGCCUGAUACCUCCUGGGUCAGCUCUACAAUUAUUGUGCUGAACUGACUCUGCCAAAGGAAGCAAAUAAAGAAAUAGUCAUUAUGAAUAAUUUGUUUCCUCAAAAGAACUAAAUUUUAAUUUCAGAUACGAUGCCAAUUAACACUGUAGCAGAACAGCAAAGUUGCAAUGAUCACAUACCCUGUUAUUAGAUGUGUACAUGGAAGGCCUUAUUCUUGUUGUGUUCAGGUUUUGGAUGUUUUUCUUCUUUGGCUCCCAAGUUCACAGUGUUCCCCUUCUUUGGCUCCUGAAUUCUCCUUCUUAACUUGUUCUCCUGUCUCACAUUAUAAUCACCUCUUCCUUUUUUUGUUCUUUUCCUGGUGGUAUUAAUUAUAAAUUUCUUAAUUCCAAAGACGUUCAUGUUUUGUUUGUCCUCCUCUCCUUGAUUUCCUCCCCAUGUUUUGUUCUUUGCACAUUGCUCAAUCUCAUCCAUCUGACUAGCUGCUCUGUUCUGUCAUGUCUUUAUCAUUUUUCUCUGGCUUUUCCAUGUGUUCAGAGCUUUCUGCAUCUUAAUAGUUGCCUUCCCUCUUCUUCUCUUUUUGUGUGCUAUGCCUCUUUUGCUCAUGGUUCCUUGUAUGUGAUUUUUUUGGGGGGAGGGGGUUGGAAAUGUUGAGACUUCCCCUCCAUUCAUUUCCCCCUGCAUCCCCCUGCCCCAGAGACUCCACCAACCCUCCAUAAUCUUUAUGUUGUUUUGCUUUUAUGUGUGGCUCUGACAUUGCAGUUUUCUCCAUGUCUGGUCAGAAAUAAGCUCCGUGGAGUUCAGUGGGACUUACGGCCAGGUGCAUGAAUAUAGGAUUGCUACUUUCAUUCUGGCAAAACUUUUUAUUUUUCCUUAAGUUCUUGGGAAGUACAAUCAUUUCAUUACUUGUCUGGAAACUGCCUUAAAUUUGACAUGCAAAUUUUAAUUUAGGACAAGUAACAAGAUUACAGACAUCUUGCCUGAAGACCUGAAACCAUUCCAGUCUCUAGAAACUUUGGACUUGAGCAACAACAAUAUUUCUGUGCUUAAGGCGGAGUCAUUUCCUUCUCUGAUGCUCAAGUACAUGUAAGUUUAACUUUAUUUAAGACAAGGCUUUCAUUACAUUUUGAGUUCUAAAAUCGUAUAUUAAUUUACUGUCUGAUAAGCAUAGUUAAAGUAGUAGACUAAAGUAAAAGCAGCCCUUUCAGUAUGUGUGAUUUUAAAAAUAAUAAUAAUAGUCCUAUAAAGACAUUGGGUUAAAUCUAAUGGUCCCUUCUAUGAGUGGAAGGACAGAAUAUCUUUCAGUCAUUGAAAUAUUAUUUUGAGAAUUUAAAUUCUAUUUGCCAUUGGAUCAGUGCUGGUUAUUUCCUGUCUGCUAGGUACCAUAGACUUUGGCUGAAGGCAAAACGUAUGUUUCCAUUCAAAGUUCCCCUUAACCACCGAUUGGAGGUUGACAGAGGUGGGGGAGAUUUUAAAGCGAUUAUUAAGUUCUUAAGUUAGGAUUAGUAGUUACCACAUAGUCGGUAAUGAGGUCUUGGUACGAAAUCUGCUAAAAUUUCCAUAGCUGCUAACUGUCAUUGUUUCCACAGCCACAUUAAUAAUAAUCGAAUAAUCGCCAUGGAACCAGGCACUUUUGACAACCUGUCUAGCACACUUCAAGUAUUAAAGCUGAACAGGAACCGAAUUUCAGCCAUCCCACAGAAGAUGUUUAAACUCCCUCAUCUCCAGCAUCUGUAAGUACAGCCCAACUGUUUUAAAUUAGUCUUGCAGGCUUCUGGCAGCGGUUGAGCAUCAACCUCAGUAGUAACCACAUAAAGGCACGAAAGCUUUAGAUAGAACAGAGGCAUAGUUCUCAUGAUGCAUUCAUGUUUUAAACCGAGGAUGAGGAACUGGUUGUGCUCCAGAUGUUGCUAGACACCAGCUCCCAUCAGCUGCAGUCAGUGUGGCCAGUUGUCAGGGAUGUUGAGACCUGUAGACCAACAACACAAUGGAGAUCACAGUUUCCAUCAUCCCUGUCCUAAGGUUUCAUAUUGAUAUGAUCUGCUUGCUUUGCCCUGAGUAAUGCCCCUACUGUUGCAGCUCACAAUUUUAUCCUGGUACAUCAGGAAGGUCUGGCUUUUAUUUGUUACUGUUCCAUAUCGCUACAAGCAAUGUACGUAAUCAACAAUUUGUGGGGCCACACUUUGACGUUCUGAUUGUACCAAGAGAGGAGCAGCCCAGAAUAUAUAUAUAUAUAUAUAUAUAUAUAUAUAUAUAUAUAUAUAUAAAUAAUUUAUUAUUUAUACCCCGCCCAUCUGGCUGGGCUUCCCCAGCCACUCAGGGCGGCUUCCAAAAAAAUACUAAAAUAUUGAAAUAUUGUAAUACAUCAAACAUUAAAAGCUUCCCUAAACAGGGCUGCCUUCAGAUGUCUUCUAAAAGUCUGGUAGUUGUUGUUCUCUUUGACAUCUGGUAGGAGGGCGUUCCACAGGGUGGGUGCCACUACCGAGAAGGCCCUCUGCCUGGUUCCCUGUAACUUGGCUUCUCGCAGUGAGGGAACUGCCAGAAGGCCCUCGGUGCUGGACCUCAGUAUGUGUGUGUGUGUAUAUAUAUAUAUAUAUAUAUAUAUAUAUAUAUAUAUAUAUAUAUGUGUGUGUGUGUGUGUGUGCGCGCGCGCGCGCUGGGAAGUCUGAGCUUAUUUUAGUUAACUUGGAUCUCUUUUUUUUUCCCCUCAGAGAAAUGAACCGUAACAAAAUUAAAAAAAUAGAUGGGCUUACGUUUCAAGGACUUCCUUCUUUGAAAUCUUUAAGAAUACAAAGAAAUGGGCUAGCUAGGCUCAUGGAUGGAGCUUUCUGGGGAUUAAGUAGCAUGGAAAUCCUGUAAGUAUACGCUUCCAUAGUCUUCAAAAAAUAACCAUUUUUGAAUCCCUAAGUACAUUGCUUAUUUUGAGUAACUGCGAUGCUAACAAUAUAUAAAUGUACAACCCACCAACCUUUUCUGGUUUCUGUUUCCAGUAGGAAGAGCCUUAAUUUCUUCUUGUUAUGUAUUGAUUUUUAAGUUUUCAUAUGAAACUUGAGGUCUUUCCCCCCCCUUUUUCUGUUUCUAUGUAUGUAUGUGUGUGUGUAUACAGGCAGCUGGAUCAUAACAACCUAACAGAGAUUACCAAAGGCUGGCUUUAUGGGUUGCUGAUGUUGCAGCAGCUCCAUCUUAGCCAAAAUGCUAUCAGCAGAAUCAGCCCUGAUGCCUGGGAGUUUUGCCAAAAACUCAGUGAGCUGUGAGUAGUAGUUUUGUGUUUAAACCCUUCCAUUUUUAAGAGCAGGGUACAAGCCAAAGCAUGAACAGCUUACCAGUGAGCUGUGAUUUUUUUUGUAACAAGAUUUCUAAAGGUGGCAACAGCUGUUUGUGUGUUAGUUAAUGCAAUGAUAUUUUGUUGUGAGGAGCUGAAGCCAACUGCGCCCCCCCCCCCCUUCGUAAAAGUUAUGUUUGGUCUUUCGUUACUGUAAUUUUUUAAAUAAGGAAGCCCAUUCUGCUAUUUUCUGUGUAAUGGAAAAUAAUGUGCAAGCUUAUAUCAAAAAUAAUCAGGCUGAACUUAAUCAGGGGACGAAUUGUGAAUUGGGUUUGGGUUCCUUAUUAAUUCUGAUUAAAGCAAAUGUUUCUCCCCCUCUCAAACUUGCAGGGACUUAACUUAUAAUCAUUUAACCCGGCUAGAGGAUUCAAGCUUUGUUGGUUUAAGCCUACUUGUGAGGCUGAAUGUUGGGAACAACAGAGUGAGCUACAUUGCCGAUUGUGCCUUCCGAGGACUAUCGAGUUUGCAGACUUUGUAAGUUUCAUAGUAGGGUUUUUCUCUACAAUACCAAGACUAUCUUAGUGUAGAUGAAUGUGAAGGAAUUUUAAACAGUGAAUACAUCUUGAUACAAGGAAGGCUUCGUCUCUGCUGCCAUUGAUAUGCAUUGACAACACUGUUGAAGCUACUUUAACUGUUUCAAUUUUAUUUCAUACACACACACACACACACACACACACACACACAGUGGUACCUUGGGUUAAGAACUUAAUUCGUUCCGGAGGUCCGUUCUUAACCUGAAGCACCACUUUAGCUAAUGGGGCCUCCUGCUGCCGCCGCGCUGCCAGAGCACGAUUUCUCUUCUCAUCCUGAAGCAAAGUUCUUAACCUGAAGCACUAUUUCUGGGUUAGCGGAGUCUGUAACCUGAAGCGUAUGUAACCUGAAGCGUAUGUAACCCGAGGUACCACUGUAUAUAUAUUUCACAUUUUAGAAUAAUUCCUCAUAACAGGCGUGAAAAAAAUAAAAACAUCAUACGAUUAGUUGAACAAAAAAUAAAAUCAUGACAUAGGAGGGCUGCUUUACUUUGCUGAUUUUAUGACAUGCAGCUGCUGCUUUUGAAAACGACUUUAAGAGGGUGCUUCUAAGCACUGUGUGUGGAAAGAGUAACCAAUUUCCUGGGUUUCCAGUUGGGUAAAACAUUUAGGCUAGGAGUGAACAUGCCGCUGGGUUCCCAAUGUGCUUCCUUCUAGGAAUCAAUUGCUUUUGUGAUUUAAACUUACUUGUACACUUUGAAGACCCUGGAUCUGACUUAUCUAUUUCUUUCAACAGGGAUCUUAAAAACAAUGAAAUCUCCUGGACAAUUGAAGAUAUGAAUGGCGCCUUUUCUGGACUUGACAAACUUAGGUGGCUGUAAGUACAACUUACUGCUUUAUCUUCAAAUGCAGAUUCUGUAUUCCCCAUCCCACCCCAGCUGCUAUUGUCCUUCCAGAUCUCUUUCCACUUUCGCACAUUAGAGAGAGGCAAUGGAGGCAAAAGUAAAGAUUAAAGAAGGACUAGGCAGGAAGUAUGGGAAAGGAAAGAUUGCUAGUAUUGCUAGUGGUUGAGGGAAGCUAGUGGUUGAGGGAAGCUAGUGGUUGAGGGAAGCUGGAAGUCAUCUGUAAGGUGGAUUUGGCCACUAGGGUGCUUGGCUGUACGUUAACAUUUACAGUCAUACCUUGGAUCCCAAACACCUUGCGAGUUGAAGGUUUUGGCUCGCGAACGCCGCAAACCCGGAAGUGAGCAUUCCGGUUUGCAAAUGUUCUUUGGAACCCAAACAGCUGACACAACUUCCAUGGCUUCCGAUUGGCUGCAGGAGCUUACUGCAGCCAAUCAGAAACUAUGCCUUGGUUUCCAAAGGUUCUGGAAGUUGAACAGACUUCCGGAACGGAUUCCGGUCAACUUCCGGGGUACCACUCUACUUCACUGACACAGCCCUCUCUGCUGAGGUCUGAGCUGCAACAGUGCAAAGCUAGCAGAAGCUUGAUUCUCAUAUUAAUCUGCUUUAUUUAGCUUAUAGUUGGAGGGAGAAGGGUAAUCAGGAAAGAAGAAAUUAGCUAAAGUGGAGGCAGGCAGAGUGGGAAUUAACACAUCCUAUGAAACCUUGGAGCAAAAGUCCAGAAACACCAGGAUUUUUUCUUGAUUUGCUCUUUGGAGUCACCUUAAUUUAACCCGGCCUUCCUUGAUGUGCUUCUCUUCAGUAAGGUAAAGGUAAAGGGACCCCUGACCAUUAGGUCGUGGCCGACUCUGGGGUUGCGGCGCUCAUCUCGCUUUAGUGGCCGAGGGAGCCGGCAUACAGCUUCCGGGUCACGUGGCCAGCAUGACUAAGCCGCUUCUGGUGAACCAGAGCAGUGCACGGAAAUGCCGUUUACCUUCCCACCGGAGCAGUACCUGUUUAUCUACUUGCACUUUGACGUGCUUUCAGACUGCUAGGUUGGCAGGAGCAGGGACCGAGCAACGGGAGCUCACCCCGUUGCGGGGAUUCGAACCGCCGACCUUCUGAUUGGCAGGUCCUCGGCUCUGUGGUUUAACCCACAGUGCCACCCGUGUCCCUCUUUUCAGUACAUCUCUCUUUUCAUUAAUUACAAAAAAAGUUUCCAAAUACUCUUCGGUUGAAAAGACUUUGGAUUAUCUUAACUGCAUGCAUGGUGUCAUGCAAUCAGUCCUUAUAGCUUUCACCAAGAUUCUUCAGAGUAGAAAUUAGAGGCAGUCAUGUUAGUGGAAAGCUACAUAAGGCAGACAAGGGCAGAUGUUUGGCAGGGCAAUCCGGCAUUCAGAGGCAAUGGCUCUGUUAGAAUGCAAAGAUUUUCUUCACAAUGCACAGAUGUAGAAAUAAAUUGGCUGACAGCCCUUGCCAAAAAAAAAAAAAAAAAAAAAGCUUCACCAAAUUAUAUACAUUAAAAGACUUUGAACAUGCCUUCAUCUCUCCAGUAACUGAAGCAGAAUACAUGUAUAUAUUUAGGAGAGGAAAGUGUUGAGAGGUAGGUAGACACAGUGCAGUAAAACAUGCCUUAAAAGCAAUUAUCAAGUCUCUCCUAACGGUUCCAAAAAUCAUGUAUCUAUUUCAUUUUCAUCUGUUACAUGUUAAGUGUUUUAUAUUUCCAGGCUACUCCAAGGAAACCGGAUUAGGUCAAUUACUAAGAAAGCGUUUUCUGGUCUGGAUGCACUUGAACACCUGUAAGUAGUUGAAAAUCACAUUGAACCAGACAAUUUUUAAAAUAUGCAAUGAUGCCAACUCAAUGAUAACCUUCAAAGGGGGCAUAUAGGUCAGUAGUAGAGCUCCUGCUUUCAUCAUCAUCAUCAUCAUCAUUUUUAAUUUGUAUACCGCCUUUCUAUCUUACAAUACUCAAGGCGGUUUACAAGCUGAAGAACAAAAAAUGUACAUCUUAUAACAAUCUAAUGCAAUACAAAAAUGUGAUAAUCAAACAUAACUUUAAAAUAGUCAACCUCUAUCAAAAAAGUAACAUUCAACAAUCAUUACAAUAGUAUAAAAUAAUAAUAUCAACAUAGAAAAGUUAAACAGAAAUCCACUCAACAGUUACAAUAAUAUCUAAACUAUAAUCAAUAAAACAACAGCAAGUACAUCAAAAAAUACAGUACACAUUAAGAAGCAGAGGGUAGAGCAAGGCAGGUGGAAAGAGGCAUUGCCUGAUGGAGUCUCUCCCCUCACAGUUCUUCCUCCAAAGGAACAGCUUUGCACACCCAAGUUCCCAGUUGCAAUCCCAGUUUCAAUCUCCAAUAAGGGCUGAGAAGAAAGCCUUCUCUGAAACCCAGGGGAGCUGCCUAUCAGUGUAGACUGAGUUAGAGAUGGUUUGAGUGUGAGACGACUUUCUGUGUUGCAGCAUAGGGUCUAUAGAUGGCAUUCCCCUGCCAAAUUGCAUUGUAUCUAGGAAAUAUAGUCAAAUCAUACAACUGGGGUAGCUCAGCUGGUACAACAUGAGACCCAAUGGGGUUGAGCCCCACAUUGGGUGAAAGAUUCCUAUACUGCAGGGCUUGAAUGAGAUGAUCCCCACGGUCCCUUCGAACUCUACAAUUCUAUGAUAUAUUAUCUUUUAAAUGAGCCUCUGUGUAGUGGUACUUAUAUGGUACAAGGUGCUUCUUUUUCAUGUUUUAUUUUAGCAGAAUGUGAGAAUUUGCUUUGACUUUGUUUGCCUUUUGAUCCUACAUUUUGCCUUUUCCUUUUGUUUCCACCCACAGAGAUCUAAGUAACAAUGCCAUCAUGUCAGUUCAAGGAAACACGUUUUCACAAAUGAAGAAACUUAAAGAAUUGUAAGUGUCUCUAGUUUGCCCCAAUGAGACGUGCGUUAUGUUUGAAUAUAUCAGAUAAUCAUAGCAAUGGACAUUGGUAGUAAUGACGAUGCAUUUAUUUUAAAAAGCAGUACCUUUAGCAACUUUCUCACGUCAUUGUUGAACAACAUAGGGCACAGUUAAGAAAAAAGGUGCUGUGGAUCUGAAAAAGGAAAUAACAGUCGUACCUUGGUUCUGGAAUGCCUUGCGACUCAAAAGUUUUGGCUCACAAACUCCGCAAACCCGGAAGUGAGUGUUCCUGUUUGCGAACGUUCUUUUGGAACCCGAACAUCCAGUGUGGCUUCUGAUUGGCUGCAGGAAGCUCCUGCGGCUAAUCAGAAGCUGUGCCUUGGUUUCCGAACUUUUUGGAAGUUGAGCGGACUUCCGGAACGGGUUCCGUUUGGCUUCCAAGGUACCACUGUACGUAUUUUGAGGUAUACAGCUAAGGCAAGGAUAAUUCUAGAAGUUCGUGCUCAACAAGUAAUAAUACUCUGUUUUGGUCUUAUAAAAAGACAGAAAUUCUUUCCCCACCUGGUAGCAAGGGCCACUCUGAACUAUACCCAGGGCUAGAUUUAGGUUUGAUGAGGCCCUUGGCUACUGAAGGUAAUGGGGCCCUGUAUAUGUCCAGCUGUCCUUUGUCAACAACAAAUUGCCAGUUUUUUGUGUUGAAUAUAUGCUAUAUGGCAAUUUAUGGACCUAGGUAAAGGGUAAAGGACCCCUGACCAUUAGGUCCAGUCGUGGCCGACUCUCGGGUUGCAGUGCUCAUCUCGCUUUAUUGGCCGAGGGAGCUGGCGUACAGCUUCCGGGUCAUGUGGCCAGCAUGACCAAGCUGCUUCUGGCAAACCAGAGCAGCGCAUGGAAACACUGUUUACCUUCCCGCUGGAGCGGUUCCUAUUUAUCUACUUGCACUUUGACGUGCUUUCGAACUGCUAGGUUGGCAAGAGCAAGGACAGAGCAACAGGAGCUCACCCCGUUGGGAGGAUUCGAACCGCCGACCUUCUGAUCGGCAAGUCAUAGGCUCUGUGGUUUAACCCACAGCGCCACCCGCGUCCCAAUUUAUGGACCUAAUAGGUAUCUAAAGCCAUUUGCUCAUGCAGAAUGUAGGCACCCUGUAUAUAGAAAGGAACAAACCAGUGAUAUUUUAGGGAACAGGCUAGCAGACGGGGCCCAUUACUUACAUCAUAGGAGCCUACACAACAAAAACACUGUUGCUAUAUGUAGGUUUUAUUUUAUUUGUUUUUUAUCUUAUAUUUUGGAAAUGUACAUCCAGGUUUUUUUCUCUUUAAUUUUUUUUUGGGGGGGCCCAAGAGAGUGGGGCCCUAAGCUAUAGCUUGUUUAGCUUAUACAUAAAUCCGGCACUGACUAUAUUAGACACUUACCUGUUCAGCUGCAUGUAUGUAACACAAAACCAAACCCUUAAUCAUGAUGGGCUCUGCUUCUUUAAGUAAUUUCCUCCUCCACCACCCUGGUUCUGAUACCAGGGAGCCAGCACAGGAUUUAGCUCAGUGACGUAAGGUAGGGGAAGGUUUUGUUUCUGUCCCCCUCAUUCUCCUCUAAGUAUAGGGAAAGGGCUAUAAAAUAUCUGCCUUGCAUGCAGAAGAUUCCGGGUUCAGUCCCUAGCAUCUGUCUGAAACCCUGGGGAGCUACUGCUAUUCAAUGUGGACAAUCAACAACAACAACAACAAUAAUUUAUUAUUUAUACCCCGCCCAUCUGGCUGAGUUUCCCUAGCCACUCUGGGCAGCUCCCAAUCGAGUGUUAAAAACAAUACAGCAUUAAAUAUUAAAAACUUCCCUAAACAGGGCUGCCUUCAGAUGUCUUUUAAAAAUAAGAUAGCUGCUUACUUCCUUGACAUCUGAUGGGAGGAUGUUCCACAGGGCGGGUGCCACUACCGAGAAGGCCCUCUGUUUGGUUCCCUGUAACCUCACUUCUCGCAAUGAGGGAACUGCCAGAAGGCCCUCGGAGCUGGACCUCAGUGUCCGGGCUGAACGAUGGGGGUGGAGACGCUUCAGGUAUACAGGUGUAUACAAACUAGAUGGACCAAUGGUCUGAUUCUGUAUAAGGCAGCUUCCUAUAUUUGUAUAAAAAGUUAAUCCUUCUGUGCUGGCUUUGUAGUACAUCUGGGUAGGUUAGGAGUGAGGCAGGACGCUUGUACACACUGCCACACUCAGUUCUUAUGUAUGUGUUAGACCAGAAUGAGCAAGAAGCCUGUAAUAUGUUCUCUCCAACACAUGUACACCUGAUAGCCCAUGAUUCACACCUUUCCAUGAACCUUCCCUGAGAUGUUGAGACCGGCCAGGCUGCAAACGAAGUAAAUAAAUCAGUGCAACGCCGUUGAUUUUUUGUGAUCAGUUUUGGUGCUUAACUUAUCUUCGGGUUUGAUUUAAUACUGCUUUCCUGCUCUGGAAGCUGUGAAGUUCUGCUUCCUAUGAAUGGAAUCCGCUCCUGUUUCGUUUUAUAGGUACCUAAACACAUCUAGCCUUUUGUGCGACUGCCAGCUGAAAUGGCUACCGGAAUGGCUGAUGGACAACAAUUUCCAGGCUUUCGUCAAUGCCACUUGUGCCCAUCCUCAGAUACUAAAAGGGAGGAAUGUGCUUGCUGUCAGCCUAGAAGAUUUUGUGUGUGGUAAGGUUGUUGUUUUUUGUAAUCCUUUUUCAUUGCCGUCUAGAUGGUUGUUUCAGGGCAGAUUUAAACAGCUUUAGCUUUAUUACCUGAACUGUGAGGGUUAAUAGUUUUGUUUAUUUGUUUAAAAUACUCUUCCCCACCCCACCCCCUCCACUGUUCAUGAGCUCUGCACUGCAGAUAUUUCAAGUUUGUGGUUUUAUUUCAGAUGGGGAACGACAGUUUAGGAUUAAGUUUUGUGUACUGCAUAGUUGCAUAUUGUGUACAAAAGAAGGCUCAGUGGUUUGUGGUGGAAAAUGCAUAUAUGCUGCUAGGCUUAAAAUGUGAAUGCCACUUAGGUAAGCAUUGUUCUAAAUAUUUUGGCAUUCUGUGAAAUGUUUAGACAGAUGCAUGCUUAGUUUUCUUAAAUGCAAAAAUGCAGGAAUAUGUAUAAUAUGAAUAGCACCUUCAUUGUGCAGAGGUUAAGACGUUCUUCAGGAGUUUUGUUAACAUACAAAAUCCACAUAGUCAUCUUUAAGCACAAUAUUUCAUUUUUAUGGCCUUUGUGCACUCCUACAUCUAAGAACAUUUGAGAGCUCUAGCAAAGCUCCAGCAUUCCUGACUCCCACCUCCUUAAGAGAAGAGUCAGAGGUGGGACAAAGGCGUCCGUUCUAUUUUGACCAGCAUGUUAGCAGCUGCCCAGGAAGUUCUAUUGAGCUCAUGGUCUUUAGGGAAAUAUUUUCUCACAGACUCACUUUUCUGUGUUUGCAACUCAGCAAAAUUAUUCCACCCACCACCCCCAAAAUUAGGGAAUUCCAAUGUCUUUUCCACAAUCAAUUUUGUUUGGGCAUAGUUUAAUUUCUAAGAGAGUAGAAAGAGAUUGGACCACAAAACGAUGUGUAGGGCUGGGCAGUAUCUGGUUUUCAGCAUUGUUGAUAUAUCACCAGCUAAACUUCACAAUAUACUGAUAUAGCACAGUGUCCGAAAUAAGGAUGGAAUUAUGCGGGUGGCGCUGUGGGUUAAACCACAGAGCCUAGGACUUGCCGAUCAGAAGGUCGGCGGUUCGAAUCCCCGCGACGGGGUGAGCUCCCGUUGCUUGAUCCCUUCUCCUGCUUGAUCCCUUCUCCUGCCAACCUAGCAGUUCGAAAGCAUGUCAAAGUGCAAGUAGAUAAAUAGGUACCGCUCUGGCGGGAAGGUAAACGCCAGCUCCCUCAGCCAAUAAAGCGAGAUGAGCGCCGCAACCCCAGAGUCUGUCAUGACUGGACCUAAUGGUCAGGGGUCCCUUUACCUUUAUGUGGGGACAUUGGCUGUCUUUAUGGUUUUUCUCAAGUUACGUUUUUGGCAUAGCACACGCAUCAUGAUUCGCGAUAUAUCGCCAGGUCAAAAAUUAUGAAACGGAUAUCCUAAUAUGGACUUCAAAGUGAUUUUGGAUGAUAUAUCGCCCAGCCCUAAUGAUGUGAGCACUUUCCUCAUUAGACCCUAUUGGAGGGCAGCUGCAUCACCUUACUCACAGUGAGAAUAUCUUUGCAUCUCUCGGUUCACAAUGGAAGGGAGGGAGGUUGUCCAGCCCUGACAGCCAAUGAAAUGUGAGCAUGUUUUAAAGAAGCAGGGAGCCUGUGGUAACAGGAACUGACCAGAAAGAGCAAACAAUCUGACAUGCAUUGUGGAUUUUUGAGGGUUUAACUCUGGUUUAUCUUUCUUACAGUGAAAAACACACCAGUGCUGAAUAGCAGGGAGGUUCAGGUCUAGGAUUUCUGUUAUUUUUGUGCUGCUCAUGAAUGUGCUGCUCAUUGAACCACUGUCAAAAGUGUUCUUUCAUAGCCACAGUUAAUGGCCAUAGUUGGUGGCCCUAAGCAAACUUGGGCUGGAGUUUUGUACACAGUUAACACUGGCAUUAAAAGAAAAUGAUUUAUGAAUGCAUAACGAGCAGCAGAAAUGCAGCUUUUGUAAAAAGAAAAACCUACCAUGGCUUGCUCUGAAGAGCUGUAAAAUAUAACUAAUGAAACUGUAGGUCCAAAAGCAUAAUUGACCCCAUUAUUAGAGAUGGGAAAUUAAGCCACAAAAAAUCACUUCUGCAAGAAAGAGACAUGCUUUCAGCUGAACCAAUGUUACAAGCAUUCAGCUGGGAAGCACCGAAAUGCAGUACAUUGCAAAUAUAUAUGCUAUAGCAUCUUUGCAAUACGGCUUCUUAAUAACUUUUAAAAUAAAUCCGUCAUGUCUAAUUGAGAGAGUUACUGUUUGAAUUAAACUUUCUUUGCAGCAUAUACCAAGAACUGGACAAAAAUUUGGUUUCUUUAAUGGACUAAACAAAUUAAUUGAAUUGAAUAAACACUUUUUGAUCUCCAUAGCCUAGUUAUCACGUUAAUGUUUCAGUGGGAAAUGUUGCUUAAAGAUAUAUUUUCAGUCAAGAAGAAUUGUGCUCCUUAAUUCUCAGAUCUUGCAGCUGAAUGACAGUAAUUUAAAUAUUCAUCCUUGCAUUCAUUAAAAUGAUUGCUCAGCAGGAGAAAAAUACCACAUGCCUUUCUAAAUUUAAUGAAAACAACUCUCUCUGUGUGUAUGUGGUUUUAAAAGCUAAUUCAACAUGCCAGGUUAAAGUUCUGGGAAGAAAAGAAGACGAGGAAACAGAAACGGGGCAUUUUAACAAAAUGAAAUUGUGUGCUUACCGGUUCCUUUGUCCUUAUAAUUCGAAAUUGAUGUAAUUUGUACUUCUCCCAGCUAUCAAAAGAUGAUAAAUUUUAGACCUAAAGGCAAUUUUUCAAAAAAAGAAGAAGGUGAAAAUGAGAUUUAAAAUAUAAAAUAAUCUUGCUGAUCCAUUGUUGUGUAUGAUCAUCAUAUGAUUAUGCAAUAGAAGUUGUCAGCUGGUAUUCCCUGGGCCAAAGCUGCACAACCCAAAAGGUGAAAAGGCAAUAUGGAAGUUGCUGUGAUUAUAAGCAAUGAAAUUUUACACCAGGCCAGGAACCUGAUUUUUAACAUGCCACCUCUUACUCCCUUGACAGUGGCAAAGCCAAUAGCUGACAAGCAGUGGAAACUGGCAGCACAAUCUUAGGCUAUUUAGAAACAAGCUCUGUUGAGUUCAGUAGGACUCAGCUGCCAGAUAAAUGCAUAGAGAAUUGCAGUUGGAAUGUACUUCUGCUUCAUGAGUGAAAUGUUAAACAUUAGUUGAUUGGUCAAAACGUUAUAGUUUUCAGAGUACAACAAUUUCCCGAUGGGAUUCAGUAGAGCCCUGUUUAUCUUCUCUUAGCCCCACCUACCCCCAACCACAUGCGAAAGCAGCAUGGCCAAACAUCAGAGGGAAUGGGAGGCCUGUGCUUGCUUGCCUCAGCCAAUCCAGCAACGUCCUCUUUCUGUAGACAAGAAACAGAGGAUCCAUUUGUGUAUGUGUGAUGCUUCCUUAUUUGGGAAAGGAUGGCGCCUUUGAUGGACACAGUUUCUGAGAUGAACUCAAGUAAAUGCAAAGUUACUCUGUAGACCUGAGAUGGAGUACUAGUGUUCUACCAGAUGCUGUUGGCCGGCAUUUGUCUGCAGGCAGCUUUCUGGGUCAUGUGGCCAGCAUGACUAAACCGCUUCUGGCGCAACGGAACACCGUGACAGAAGCUAGAGCACACGGAAACGCCAUUUAUCUUCUCACCACAGUGGUACCUAUUUAUCUACUUGCACUGGUAUGCUUUUGAACUGCUAGGCUGGCAGAAGCUGGGACAGAGCAACGGGAGCUCACCUUGUCGCAGGGAUUCGACUGCCAACCUUCCGACUGGCAAGCCCAAGAGGCUCAGUGGUUUAGCGUCACCUGCUUCCCCAGCUAUUGGUAAAAGAACCUCCCUCAAGAGUACAAUUUAGAACAGGGAUGGGGGACCCUGUGGCCCUGCAGAUGAUGUUGGAUUGCAACUCCCAUCAGCCCCCAGCCACCGUAGCAAAUGGUCAGGGAUGAUGGGAGUUGGAGUCAAAGGUUCGCCAUCCAUGAUUUAGACUGCUGAUUGGAAAUCUGCAUAAUAUCUCUUUUAAGUACUUGAUUCUUCCAAACCUAUAAUUAAAGGUCUGGUCUGGUCUCUCACUUUCGUCUCCGACAAGAAAUCACAUGAGCUUAUUGCAAUUUGUUCCCCACCCCCCUUUGCUCUUAUAUUCACAGAUGAUUUUCCGAAGCCACAGAUAACUGUACAGCCUGAAACUCAGUCAGCAAUCAAAGGUUCCAAUUUAAGUUUUAUAUGUUCAGCCGCCAGCAGCAGCGAUUCCCCGAUGACUUUUGCUUGGAAGAAGGACAAUGAAUUGCUGCAUGAUGCUGAAAUGGAGAAUUACGCACAUCUCAGGGCACAGGGCGGCGAAGUGAUGGAAUAUACCACCAUUCUUAGGCUGCGCAAUGUGGAAUUCAGCAACGAGGGGAAAUAUCAGUGUGUUAUUUCAAAUCACUUUGGCUCAUCCUACUCUGUCAAAGCUAAACUCACAGUGAACAGUAAGCAUCUUGAGAUUACCUGUAUAUUAAACAAAAAUCAUAUGAUAUGUAAUCCAAAAGGUAUCACCCGAAAUAUUUGGAUACUGGAAGUUGAGAUGCUGUUGGCUGCCUUCUCUGGACACACGGGGAACAAAUGUGAAAGCACGUUAUAUUUGAAUGUACCAAAACCAUAUAUAUAUAUAUAUAUAUAUAUAUAUAUAUAUAUAUAUUUAUGGGAUUCAGUAGGUUAUAUCUAACAAAGUUGUCCCAGAAUUAACCUUGGAAUGAAAUGUGAGUGAAUACGGUCUGUCUAAAAUAAGAUUAAUUCAUAUAUAUGUUUUCCCGAGUUGUGUACGUCACAACCUGUUAAACCUCAUUUGAGUCUUUAGAAAUUAUUUAUAUAAAGUAGACUGCAUUUGGUUCAUCAAAGAUUCAAAGAAUUGCCAUCCAAGAUACACCCAGUUAAAGAGACCAUUCAGUCAAAUAUUCAAGUAAAAUGAAAUACAGUAUUAUGGGAAAUUCACACAACUCACACUCCCAGAAUUAAUGUGUAAACCAGGAGGCAGCAAUCAUUCAAAAUAUGCACAUCUACAGAUUUGGUGGUGCCUUUCUCAAAUCACAGUAUGAAUGCAAAAUGUGCAUAUCAGCAGGAAUUGCAUACAGAUUUUCAUGCAGACAAUUUUUUUAUAAAAAAAAUCUGAUGAAGAAACAAGGCACACCGAGAGAAACUGAUAUUGACAGGUUCAUCUAUCCCCAAAUAAACUAGAGAAUCAGCAACAGAAUUGAUAGCAUAGCAAGCAGCCACUUUGUAAUGUUAUGCUGCUAGUGCUGGGGAUGAGGAAAUGAUUGCCCUGUAUGUGCUUCGCUGAAAUCAGUCCUUAUUUAAAAAGCAGCUUGCAGAUGUUUCUUUCGGAGUUGGGCAUUAAAAAAUCUAGACCCAGCUGAGCUGGUAGAGAGCAGGGGAAACAAUUGUCCAUGAAUCGAUGGCGACACCGAUUCCACUUACAUUGUAUGGGCAUACUGAAAACUGUGGUCUGUAUGCUGUCUAAUAAGAAGACUCACUUGUAUCUUUUUGCAUCUUUUGUGUUUUUUGUAGUGCUUCCUUCAUUUACCAAGAUGCCCAUGGACCUCACCAUCCGUGCAGGGGCGAUGGCACGACUGGAAUGUGCUGCAGUUGGCCACCCGGUGCCCCAGAUCGCUUGGCAGAAAGAUGGCGGCACUGACUUUCCCGCAGCACGUAAGAGACGCAUGCAUGUGAUGCCUGAGGACGAUGUCUUCUUUAUAGUGGAUGUCAAAAUCGAAGAUACUGGUGUCUACAGCUGCACAGCUCAGAACACUGCUGGGAGCAUCUCUGCUAAUGCAACAUUAACAGUGUUAGGUGAGAUAAAAUGUGAUUGCCAACUGAACACUGGGGGUGCCCCUUUGUCUUUGCUUGCUGAUAACAUGAUUAAAGCUUUAGAGAUAUUUUUAGACUUGGACUCAAAUAUCCCUAGUGCUGCAAGAUUGUCACAAGAGCGCCUGGACUAAAAUUGUCUAUCAAAAACUUCACUCUUAUGGUUUAUCACCACAACAGCUACUCACUUUGGGUUUUAGUAAAGCAAACAGUCUAAUUUGUCAGCACCUAAAUGAUACCGAGCGUCAGAACAACCUGGCCACUAUAAGGAAAUUUUGCCCAUUGUAUGACUAUUUUCCACCGUCCCAUUUCAACUCUCUGGCACCCUAUCUGCAUAACCUAGCAAUUCUAAAAUAUAGACACGUUUUUACUCUCUCAAGAUUGAAUGUAUUGCCCUUGGCUGUACUUGAGGGACGAUUCCAACAGAUUCCACACAAAAAACGCUUAUGUCCUUGCAGAGAUGGCAGUACCAAAUCAGUGGCGCAUGCCCUUCUGGCUUGCACUCUUUAUAAAGAUUUGAGGAAUGAGAUUUUCACCCCUCUUUUAUUGUCCAUUCUGGGUCACCCAACCACUGCCACAGUGUCCUUUCUCUUGGCAGAUCAAGAUGAGCAGGUGAGAGCAAAGGUUGCAAGGUUUUUAGCUGGGGCAAUCAGAAUAAGAUCCACUAUUUGACUAUUAAUUCAAAACCUUAAAAUGUAUUUUAUACAAUUGACUUUUUCUUUCUAUUCUUUGUAUAUCGUAUUGUUGUUUUAUUGCUGAUGGCUGACGCAAAUAAAGAUUCAUUCUUGGUAACAUUCAUAUAUUUGCUGCUCCCCCUCUUUCCUUCAGAAACGCCCUCGUUUUUGAGGCCUUUGCUGGACCGGACGGUGACGAAAGGGGAAACGGCCGUCUUGCAGUGCAUCGCUGGUGGUAGCCCCCCUCCUCGGCUUAACUGGACCAAAGACGACAGCACUCUGAAGGUGACGGAGAGGCAUUUCUUUGCAGCAGGAAACCAGUUGCUCAUCAUUGUGGACACAGACUUUGAAGACGCUGGGAAGUACACGUGCGAAAUGUCUAAUACUCUUGGGACAGAGAGAGGCAACAUCCGCCUCAGCGUAAUUCCCACGCCAACCUGUGACUCUCCUCAGAACGCUGCCCCGUCUUUGGACGAUGAUGGAUGGGCCACUGUGGGCGUUGUGAUCAUAGCUGUGGUGUGCUGCGUGGUGGGCACUUCCCUCGUGUGGGUGGUCAUCAUAUACCACACAAGAAGGAGAAAUGAAGAUUGCAGCAUCACAAACACAGGUGUGUAAACUGAAACUUGGCACCGGAAGAGCAGAGCUGAAAUAUGUUUGUGGUUAACCUACAGAGGUUUUUCUUCCAGGCUUAUUUGUGUCUCUUGACUCCGAUUCAGAAGAGCGAAUAGCUUUUCAAAUACAUCCCUCUGUUGCUCAUUAGCCUUAAAAUGCAGCAAAGAAUCUCGAUGCUGAUAGCUCCGUGUGUUUGCUUAAAUCGCAGAUGAGACAAAUCUGCCUGCUGAUAUUCCAAGCUAUCUGUCAUCCCAGGGAACUCUAGCUGAAAGGCAAGAUGGAUAUGGGUCAUUGGAGAAUGGAAGUCAACAUCAUUUUGUAUCUUCAUCCUCAUCCAUGGGAGGAUAUUUCUUACAACAAAGAGACAGCGGUGGUAAGCAUUCAAAACGUUGAAUUGUACCAUCCGAAAGCUAGAGAUCCAAUCACUAUUGUCCUUAAUUCAUGGAGGGUACCUUCUUCAACAGAUAGACUCUGUUGAUGAGAAAAUUGUCAACUAAUGGCUAUGGUCCCUUAAAGGAUAUUGGAAUAUCAAAACACUUGCCACCUUUUAACAUUCAGUAGUAGAUCAUCGGUGUAUACAGAUGCAAAUUCAUAAGUUUUUAUCCUGCUGGGGAGUGCUUCCAGGAAAUGGCUUGGAGAUUUUUCUUGUGCAUUUUAUUUCAUUUUAUUUUCCACCUGGAGCCAAACUUUUCAACCACUGGCCAAGGACAUCAAUACAGUACUGAUCCGAAUGCUACCAAGCUUUUUCAGCAAGAGAGUCAGCUGAGACCUUUCUGUCUUGACAGGAUAAGUUCAGUUUUACCCCAUUCCCCAGCAUCAAGCAGAGGUGCUUUUUUCCAAGUUAGUACUUUCCCAAGUCUUCCAUAUUCAGAAGGCAAAGUCUGUAUCCACUGGUUCUUUCUGUGAGAUGCAACAGAAGGACUUGGUGUGGCAGCCAUAUUUUGUGCCCUACUUAACGCUCUAGAUCAGAGGUGGGGAGACUGUGGCUCCCCAGGGGCAUCUGAAGGCAACCCUGUGUAGGGAAGUUUUUUAAUGUUUAAUGCUUUAUCAUGUUUUUAAUAUUCGGUUGGGAGCUGCCCAGUGUGGCCAGGGAAACCCAGCCAGAUGGGCAGGGUAUAAACAAUACAGUCGUACCUUGUUUUGCAGCUGGGAUCCGUUCCGGAGCCCUGGCUGCUAGCCAAAAAGGACGCAGGGCAAAGCGCCACAUCUGCGCUCACGCAUGGAGUGGUUUGCGCUUCUGCUCAUGCGCGAAGUGCAAUUUAGAGCUGCACAUGCGCAAGCGGCAAACCCGGAAGUAACCCAUCCUGGUACAUCCGGGUUUGCUGCGGACAUUCACUGGAAUGGACGCUAGACAAGGCGGACGUUCACAGAGGUAUUACUGUAAAUAAUAAUAAUAAUAAUCUUGCAACUCCCAUCAGCCUCAACUAAUGAUCAGAGAUGAUGGGACAACAGCUUGUGGGCCACAGAUUCCACACCCUUGUUCUAGCUCUCGCUGUUGAGGAAAUCUUGUGCCAGAAUAAGUGCACCUAACUUGACAAGGAACAUUAUCACAGUGACCCUGGCAAUGACUGAUCUAGAGGGCUGCACAGCCAGUUCUUCGUAAGGAAUGUUGUUAGGAGAUCCUCUCUGCCACCACCCUGCCCAAGCAGCAGCUUUUCCACACCUUUGACAAGCUACUUCUAGAAUUUAGGGGCAUUUUCACAGAAAGCUGAGAGGUCCCACAGCGUGGUCAGUUCUACACCAUCUAAAUAGAUUCUGUAGAACUGGAUGUUAAGGGUGCACAACUCUUAACACUGGAAACCACUAACUCUGAAAAAUCUCAUUAAGGUCUCAAAUUAGUAUGAUAUCUGGGACCUUUGGGUGAAGGGUGGACUCUAAAUACACUUAAUAAAGAAAUAAACGAGUACAGUGGUACCUCGGGUUAAGUACUUAAUUCGUUCCCGAGGUCCGUACUUAACCUGAAACUGUUCUUAACCUGAAGCACCAUUUUAGCUAAUGGGGCCUCCUGCUGCUUUCGCACCACCAGAGCACAAUUUCGGUUCUCAUCCUGUAGCAAAGUUCUUAACCUGAAGCACUAUUUCUGGGUUAGCAGAGUCUGUAACCUGAAGCGUAUGUAGCCUGAAGCGUAUGUAACCCGAGGUACCACUGUACCUCAAAAUAAUAUUGCUUUGAAAUCAAUAAAAAAUUAUUCACUGCAUAGCUUUUUUAUAAUAUGUAUUCAUAUAUAACUGUUAAAGGGAUCCUGACCUAUACACCAUUUCUCUUUUGAAGGAAUUUGUCAUACAGAUAACUGCAGCGAAAAUGACUUGGAAGCUGUAACAGAUCCAUUCUUAUGUCAUUAUCUGGGAACUUCAGGAAGUAUAUAUUUGAAAAGCAAUAUAUGUGGCCCAGAUAUGUUUGAUGUAUACCACGCAGGUAAUCUUCAUUCCAUAUGUAUAUAUAAAAUAGUUUGCUGCAUUUCAUUGUCUCUUUUUGAAGGUUCUCUUUUGCUUAGCGAAGCUAACCCAACCUUGUUUUUUUGCUUAUGCUGUUUGUUUAAGGCUGCAAUCCAGAGCAAAGGACAGUGUGUGCGGACCUGUAUGACUCAAGCUGCUUGAAGGAAAAGGAAUGCUACCCCUAUCCCCACCCGCCUGAAGAUCCUUUUGACCAGUAUAUCAGCAUUUCUGGAAUACACCCUCCAAGCAGUAAAUUGCUCCCCUCUGCUUACACUCAGCGUGAAGACAGUGGAACAAGAAGCUUGCAUCUGAAUUUGGAUGCAAGUGAAUUUAGCAGAAAUCAAGAGCUGCCUCCUCUUACUACAAGCGGCACUUUCAUGGGUAUGCUUUCAGUGGUUAAAAUAGCCUUGAAAAAGCAAAUAAAUGGGAACCAUGGGCAUGCAGUCUCCAUUAUUAGUGUAUUUUUGGUCUUUGUGGAAGCCGCCCAGAGUGGCUGGGGUGCAAAUAAUAAAUUAUUAAAUUAUUGUUAUUAUUUCAACAUUGGGUUGGGAAAUUCAGCAUUCAGCACCCAUUUGCACACAGAAUUCCCCAACCAGCUGGCAAUAGUGUUGAGUGAAAAUCUGCAGCCACAUGUAGCCUCUGGCUAAACUCAGGGAGUUGACUAUUUUAAAAAUGCAUCUUGUCACGAACUUCAACAUUUAACUGUGUCAAAAGGCAGAGGUAGAAAGGUGAAUCUGAUUUAAGAACAUUUCACUGGUCUGUGGGGUGGCCUUUUGUCCCUUCUUAAUGGAGAGCACUUGACACAUUUUCUCUCUUGUGUGUCUUUCAGGAACAUUUGGAAAACCUAUAUGGAGACACCAGCUUGAUUCCUUCUCAAGUUGUAGGCAGCCUUCAAUUUGGCAGCCAAGAGCUUCUCAAAAUCAUCCUCGUGAAUCACUGAAUUUUGACUCAGAGUCUGAGGAUGAUAACAGAAAAGACCGGACGUUUCAUGAAGGGGACAGUGGCAAUUGUAUAUAUGGACAGGCUGCUGAAAAUUUUAGGACUCCUGCUUUUCGGUUCUCUGAGUUGGAUACAUAGCUCCCCCUCUACCCUGCAAGCGGAUUUAUGAACCAAAGGAAUAUACUACCUCAAAGUGGACAUUAUUUAAAAAAGGAGAGGAAAGAAGGCACUCCAUACUUGUUUUUUAUUAGGGCUAUGAUUCAGAAAGAAAGAAAGAAAUACAUUUUUUUAAUACAGAUGCAGUUUUAUUGCCAAAACAUUAUACAUUUUUAUGCAGAUUAUACAUUCCUUAUAGAAUAUAUUUCUAAUAAUUUUAUAGCUUUGUUUUAACUGAAUGGUACCUUUUUGUAAAUUAACGGUGUGAAUAAUAACUAUGCAUUUGUUACUAAGACAGAUUUCAUUUUGUUGAAAUGGGUGCUAAAGCGUUCUAAAGGAAUACCAACAUAUGUACAUGUUUUGUUUCCAAGGGUGUGUGUGUGGGUGCGCGUGCGCAUUUAAUGGUCAUUCCAAAGUUAUAAGCAGGUAAAAUGGUCAUAUUUCCAUAUCACUUUUUAAUACAUUGGGCUGCCUUGUGCACUUGAAGCACUGUAAUAAAAAGAAAUAUACAGCCGGCUUUUUAUGUUCAGAGAAAUGAAAAAGUCGUUUCCCUCCUCCAACCAUCUUCUCACCAAUUUGUCUGCAGUACAGUGCAUAAGCGCCCAUAGCAGAAUAUUUGGCAUCUGAACAAAGGCACUUGUAAGUCUCCUUUUCCAGAUAGCGUUCAUUAUUUUACUUGAGCUGCUACUUGUGAUUUAGGCAGCUUCGCCAAUGUGCAUCACAGUUCUGCAGAGCGAAAUGAGGAACAGCAUAUUCAAACCCACCAUACAUUGGCCUAAUUCCAAGUUGUAUGUAGAGCUUUGCACAUGCAAAGAAACAGCCCAUCCACAUGUGAUGCAUUCCUUAAGGCAGACAUGUUUGAUUUGUAUGAAUCUUUGAUUGCGUGCCACUGGAAAACAUUCCCAAAUGAAUAUUAGUUAAUCAUUUUAUGCUUGUUAUUUUACCAUUUCAGUUUCCCAAACAAAAUCAUCUCUAAAAAUGUAGCAAUGUCCCAUUAUUAUUUUUUUGCCAAAGAUCGAAAAAUAGUUUAAAACCCUGUUUACCAAGUAAUUCAACAGUCUGUUAAGCCUGCUUUAUGAAAGCAUACCCCAAUAAAGUAUUUUCAUAACACUUUCAGAAGGUUACCUACCUAGGAACGGAACAAAGCUUACAGCUGGUGAAGUCUUCUAAUUGUAAAGAAGUAACUGGGAACAUUACUUCUUACGUAUCCUCACUCGAAAACAGCAAAAGCCACCCUGCUCUGUUUGAGCCAAAACACUCUGAUGGACAAAGUACUUGUGGUGGGGCUACACUGCACAUAUCCUAACACUUUCGCCAUCAGUCACUGUCAGUUCAGACUCCAAAGCUGUACAGUGGUACCUCUGGUUACAGAUUUAAUUCAUUCCGGGGUGCCAUGCGCACCCUGAAAAAUCCGUAACUAGAGGCGGCACUUCUGCACGCAUGCACAGCGCGAUAGAGUGCUUCUGCACAUGCAUGAGCGGCAAAACCUGG